AUGAGACACUGGGAACCAUUGGAUUGCCUGGUAAGUGUGUCCUACAAAAAUACUCUUCCAAGUCUAUUCCUAUUCUACAAGGCAAUAUAGAAAUAUAGAAGAUACUCCCUGGUCAGAGCACUUUAACAUAUAUUCUAUCCAGAUUUAUGUCACCACAUCUAGGAAACUAGCUAGAAAAGAAGAAUAAAAAAAUCUUCAAGCAAAAAGGAGUAUGCCAGGCUAUAUACUUAACAAAAAACACUAAAAGUAUAAUGGUGGUGCCUAAAUUUAAGUGUGAUGAGCAGUGCAAAAGCAAUGUAAAAUGUAAAAAGGACAGGUGGGCAUGAGGGUAAGGGAAAUUGGUCUAUAUCUGUAACAGCAAAGUAGGGAUUUAUGCAUCUCUCCAAUUAUUUGAGGGAAUGAUGGAGAGAAAAAUAUUUGGAGUCACUACAAAAUCCAGAAACAACCGUCACAGAACUUUAGCUUAAUGGUUGCCAUCAAUUUGAUUUUAAUUAAUUUUUAUAAUGAAAUGUUUUUAGAAUGUUGCACUAUUUUAUUGUUGCUAGCCGCCCUGAGCCCGGCUUCAGCUGGGGAGGGCGGGAUAUACCGGUAAAUAAAAUUUAUUAUUAUUAUUAUUAGAAUACACACAAAAUACUAUUUAUAAAUAUAUAUAUAGAUCUAUAGUGCAACUAGACCAGCCUUUCCCAGCCUGGUGCUCUCCAGGUGUUUUGAACUACAACUCCCAUCAUCCCUGACCAUCAGCCAUGAUGAUGAAACUUGUAGUUCUAACAUCUGGAGGGCACCAGGUAGGAGAAGCCUGAUCUAGAGUACACAGUUUCUAGUUAUAAAAAGGAAGUGUACAAGCAAGCACAGAUAUGCCUAUUUUGUACAAUAAUUUUUCAGUUCUGCUGUUCUUUGAAAGAUGAAAAGUAAAAUGCCAUUUUGAAGUUAUAUUUCUGCAUUAAAACAUCCUUUAAUUAGAUCAACAUAAACUUAAAAGAGUUUUCAGAUCACACAAUUAGGUUCCCCUGUAAAGUUUUCUCCAUGCUCCUAUUAGUUUACAUUUUCCUCACACUCUCAGGCUUGUACUCAUAGCAUAGUACUCAUAUAAAGACAGCUGACCACUUUCGGCGACAGAGGUAAUUGUGGUAGAGCUGGGUGGCAUCAAGAGUUCCUUUCCAUGCAGCAUGUUGGCUCCGUCAUCGGCCUCAGCUGGUCUCAGGAGUCAACAGGAUUUCCUGCUGAAAUCUAAAAUUGAAUUGGACCAAGUGAAGCGAGUCUUAACUUGGAUCUGCCUCUACAGAAUUUAAACUUGUGUUGGGAGCCCCAUUCACCUUCCCUGUGGCAGUGCCUGUGUAUGACUUUGCUGUGGAAUAAAUUGGUUGCCAUAUUUGGAGCCAGGGAGGAAUCUGCACCUGUCUGGGGUUUUUGCUUUCCUCAUAGUUUAAACUAGACCCACCCCUUAUCUAGGUACAAAUUUCAAGGUCUCAGUAAAGGGGUCCAGGGGGAGGCCAUAGAAUUCCCCAGAUGGUUACCUGGUGGGAUCGCCCUAUUUGAUUUGCAUGAUAAGGAGAUUCUUAAUCCAGAAUCAACCCUGAUGGAAUAAUCAGCCAGCAAUUGGGCUAGCUGAUCCAGAAUACAUACCCAGUGCCUGUGCCAAAGUCUAGUGAUAUCUGUAAUCAACAAUGUUGUGGCCAUUUCGAUCUGAAGCUGUUGUCAUGUCAUUUCAUGCCUCCUAUUCCCUGCCCCCCAGUGGCCCCAGGCUUACUGAGCCUGGGGCCAGAAAUACAUGUGAGAGAAUAAGACAAACUAUAAUAAUAUAUCACUAUGUCUAUAACAGAAUUGUAGCUGCAUCUGGCUGGUAUUGAUCACCGCUCAGCGCCACAAUUCAACUAAUUGGUAUACAAAUUAAUCCAACACGAAUCCAUUCAAUAUUCCAGGCCCCAUAAAGGUGUGAAUAUAUUUUUCAUGUUAGAAUUUUCUAGGAAACUGUGAUUGAUACAGUGUUCUAGUUAAAUUCUAGGAAUAUGGUAUUUUAACAGACAUUAAGAUAAUCAGGCUUCGUUUCCUUAGUUAAAAAUGAAAUUCCACAGUGUACAAAGGCCCUCCAUGCUGUGACAUUGUUUUGAUGCCAAUAUAAGUCAAGGUACAUAAAAUUUUAAUAGAAGAUUUUGCUUCAGAUAUAUUGCAGAACUGAUGCCUUCAGUGUUAUAUAAUGGCCUAUCACAUUUCAUAAUGAUGCUCCAUGUUUAAGCAGCUUAUAAAGGAUGUAUGAAUACUAUAAACAGCUUAUAAAGAAUUAAUACAUGAAUAUUAGAAUGAAUCAAUUAUAGAUUGUUACAGACUCCAACAGGUUGUUCACACUUUGAUUUAUAACAUACUGUACUGAUGUGCUUACAACUGCCUAUAACUCAAUAACACACAGUGGUCAUAGCUGUUACAUGCUUAUAACAGCUAUUAAUCUUUUCUUGGCCCUUUAUAAACUAUUUAUAAGCAGAACUUUAAUAUAAAGUGCAACCUAGAUGUUCACCUCCAUCAUUAGUCACUAGUGUAGGCUCCUUCUGGCAUAUGCUGAAACUUCUGGAUGUAGGUAUGUAGCCCUAGCAUUUUAUCUUAAAAGCUGCUCUUUAAUUUUCCAAAUCAGUGUUUGACACAGUUGCAUUGUAAGCUGGAAGUUCAAGCUUGCACAUUGAAAAAUUUGCACCCAAAUCUUUCCACAUUGCUUAAUAUCUGUAUGAAUAUGUGAAAUUGCAUUAUGCUGUGUCAGGUCACAGGGCCAUUUAGCUCAGUGCUAUUUACUCAGACUGGCAGCAGCUCUCCAAGGUGCUUAAGCAAUAGUCUUCUGUGACAUUUUUUUUUUAAAAAACCCAUACAAUUCUAUUUCAAAAUUAAGUUAAAAGUACAAGCAAUCAAAAGGGAGCAUGCACACAACACAAGGGCACUGAUGAAACAAAGAAGGAAACUUCAAAGCACACUAAUGAUCAUGGAGAUUGAACAUGGUACCUGUUGCAUACAAACCAUGUUCUACUAGUAAACUAUAACUUAAUGAUGCGAACAGGCUUCCUUUCCCUAAAACACUUGCAGAAUAAUGUUCAAGGGAAGAAAAGAGAGUUUUGACAUUGUCAGCAAAAUCUUUGUGAUGUGGUAUAAUGAGCACAUGAAGCUGCCUUAUACAGAAUCAGAACACUGAUCCAUAUAAGCCCUGUAUUGGCAAUGGCUCUUCAAGAGUAAGAGAUCUUUCCCAGUCUAGCUGCCUGAGCUCCUUUAUGUUGGGAUGGGAAACAUUUGACAUUCCUGAUAUUGUUGGGCUACCAUAAGAAGCCCUAGCCAUUGGCAAUGAUGUCUGAAUUCCCCACCCCUGUUUUAAGCGGAGUUGCCAGGGGUUGAACCUGGUGCCUUCAGCAUGCAAAGCAAAUGCUCUGCCACUGAGCUAUAAUUCAUCAUGCCCUUUAUGCUCCUUAUCGUCAAUGUCUAGAAUGAUCACUCCAUAAAUUGCGCCCCGAGGCCCCCCAAGCCCUUUUCCAGUACAGUGGUACCUCGGGUUAAGUACUUAAUUCGUUCCGGAGGUCCGCUCUUAACCUGAAACUGUUCUUAACCUGAAGCACCACUUUAGCUAAUGGGGCCUCCUGCUGCCACAGCACCGCUGGAGCACGAUUUCUGUUCUCGUCCUGAAGCAAAGUCUGUAACCUGAAGCGUAUGUAACUCAAGGUACCACUGUAAAUAACUUCAAAUGGACACAUAAUUUUAGUUUAAGUUUUGGGCAAAAUUUGGCCACAGCUUUAUUGAUUACAAAACAAACUGAGUGGUAUUGGCCUAGGCAAUGGUCAGGGACUAUAAAUGACUCCUGCCUCUCUGGCUGGCAGUCUGAAAGGGUAAACACCAAACGAGGGAGCAACAUAGGUGAAGAUCGAUUGAAGCUCACCCCGGGGUUCCUGUGGUCCUAGCAUGGCCCUAGUCCCUCAAGCGGACUUCGGACGAGAUCCAGGACCCCCAGAUUCCUUUACUGGAAUACCCUAUUUCUGGAGGGGCAGGUAAUGGCCACACCUCCCCUCCAGCAUAUUUCUAUAAACCAAUGCCUAACCCCAAACCUUACAAAGUUGUGACGAUUGCUAAGGGGGUAGGCGAAAACCAAGUGGCCAAGCCAAUCCGCCAAAUGGAAAAAAUCCUACCCAGCCCCUGCUCCAAAGCAGGCGACCCAAUCCAAAGCAAGGCCAAACAGCAACACCUAAAAUAGGGAGGGAGGGAGGGUGUUCGGCAGCACAAAGCAAGUGCCCCAUCCCCAUCACGCUGCUGCAUUUAUAGGUCCCUGGGAUCACACCCACUUGCCCCAUUUGGUCCAAACAGCCAAGCGCGAUCCCAGGGCCCAACAGACAAGGCUUGGGCCAUGCCUAGCAACAACACACACCUUGGGGGUGGCUUAAGGGUCCCGAGUGCAACCAGGACCCUCAAUUUAGGACAAUCCCAUUUCCAUUGUCUUUUUAAUGGGAAAAAGGUCCAGGCCAGAACCAGUGUCAGACAUCACCUAUGAGCAACUCAAGGGCUGCAAACUUGGCAGGGUUCACCAGCACUGAUAUCUACCCUGUGCCAGGGGGCUGAGUCUGGUGGAUAUAGUGUCAUUCUGGUGCACUGUGGUAAAUUAAAAGGUGGCUCCUGCCCAGCACUGAUUGAAAUGCUACUAUCAGCUGAAUCCACUGGUAUAGGUGGAGGCAUAGGUGGGGGACAUGUUGCCAAGGGACCCCUGAAGACUGGAGCAUCCUUGGCACAGUCAUACUGAUAUAAGACGGUGAGAGACAAGUGUUGCAAAUCAUUGCAAGAGUGUGUUAUUUAAGAAUGGCACGUGUCAUAUGUAAUUACUUAAGGAUGAUUCUUUAAAGAUCAGCUAAGAAUGACCAAGGGCAGAGAUAAUUUUCAAGCCACCUCACAUUUUCAGGUUGGGAGUAUACACUGAAAUUCUUUUCUGGUGCUGCCAUUUUUUCCAGGUGUUGACACAGUGGAAUAGUGGAGAUGUGCAAUCUCAUGCUACAUAAAAGCUUGUGUACCUACUCCACAAAUGCCUGAAUAUUCAUUUCAGGAGAACAGCAGUGUCUGUCAGUCUACCCUUAACCCAAUGCAGAGGCAAAUAGAUGGGAAAUUAGGCUGUGGAGUGACGUUGGUGUGUUUUAAUAUUUGUAAUGCUUCCAAUAUUUCAAGGUUCAGUAGCUAUAAAAUAGCAAUUAAGCAUCCUGAGCCCGCACUUUGUUAUCAUGCUAAAUAACAGUAUAUGGUCCUAAGAUUUUAUUUCACAAGCCCUUUCCUUUCUUCAUCUACUCCUUGUUUUCUGUCUUACUUCCUCUUUUGUGGAAAGCGCAGAUUACAACUGAACCAGGCAAACCAUACUUUGCGCGAAUCAUUGCUUGCUUGAAAAUUGGAACUGUAGACCACAAUUGAACUAUAGUUUCCAACUUGGGUUUUUAAGCAUUUUUUGGUUUGUAUAAACAAUAGUUUGCCCAGCUUAGAUUUACCAGCAAACUAUGGUUUGCUAUGAAAGGAAAGACAGUAUUUGCCUGUGUGAUGGGAGACAGAAAACACAAUUAACUUUCCUAUGAUUCAUUCAGGUGGUUGGGUGUUAUUUCUAAACUGAAACACAUAAAAUGAGGUUUUAGUGUUGAAAAUAGCCUUUAGGCUCCCUUUAAAUCUUUUGUCUAAUUUAGGUAGAUAUCCAACAGUGCUUCUUUUCUACCAAAAUGUAUUCCCUCUGUGAUAUCAUAUGCUGAUAAGAUGUGGUAUUAAUCUUCCUAUACAGCAAUUGCUUAAAGAUAACAUAUCUGACGUGGAAAAUAUUCUCAUGAUGAUUAGAUUGCCCUGUAUCCAAAACUUCCAGUUUAGUGUAUCUAGUUAGCAAAUAGUUCCAAGUCAGAUUAUUAAAGCAACUGCUAAAAUGUACUGAAUGCAAUUAUACAGCAGUUGAAAUCAAUUCCUCAAAACACCACACACACUAGCAUUUCUAGGGCUGAUCCACUUUGAUUGUAGUAUAGGAUAUAUAUUUAUUUAGAUUAAGUUGUUAUGCUAUUGAGAAUGACACUUGUACUUAGCUAAAGUGCAGCUUUAAAAGGUACUUAAUAUAAUAGCUGAUUCCAAUACCAUUACAUUUAGAAAUGCCAAUACAUAUUCUUGACUAACUUGGCAGUACCAGUCAAACAUUUUGAAAGGCAACAGAUAUAACCCAACAGAUACAGAUCUAUCUCAGCUUGCCCAAUAUAAUCUGUAGCAAAACAUAGUUUUUUAAUAGUUUAAUAGAAAACAGUUGCCCAAUAUUAUUAUUGGGGUUUUUGUUUUGUUUGUUAUUCUAUUAUGUAUUUUUUUAAAAUAUUGUAAGCUGUCCUGUGAUCCUCGGAUGUAGGGCAAUAUAGAAAUAUAAUAAAUAAUAUUAUUACUGAUAAUAAUAUGAAGAAAUAAAAAUCAUUGUGGAUUUCACUUAGCUAAGGCCAAAUUCCUUAAAGCCAAAAUGCUAAUACCCCCCCCCCCAAUUGAUGGAUAAUAGAUUUAGAAUGAAGUAAAAAGUUCAGAAUUUAAUGUUCCAUUCAGAAACAAUUCAAAUUGCCUGGAAACGUAACUUGAAAUUGUCCAUUCCAUAUCUCAAGUUCUGUAUAUUCCUUUAAUUUAUUCUAUAAAAUUUUGCAAAUUGACACAAUAAGAAUAAAAAAAUCUAUUGGGGGGAAAAUAGUACUGUACCAGAGGAUCUGCAAGGAAAAACAAUAUAUAAGGACCUGCUGACACCAUCAUUGAGGCUAUAUAAUCCCAUCUAUUGGAAGGGUGGUGCUUUCAUCAACCCCCCACUGCAUCGGAGAUCUUCAGUGUCUAGGUCUAAGUGAAUUGCAGAAGUCAUUUUGGUUUCUUUGACCAAGUCCAGAGUCUUGGAUACUGCAGAGGAUAACUUAGAGCUUCUGCCUAUUCUUCAAUAACAAUACUCCCCUCUCUAAUUACAGAGGAGUCGAACAGGGCUCAGAACAAACACAAGGUUGCAUAGUUUAUGAUGUCUUUUAACGAUAUUGUACUUUCUAUGUACUCUGUAGUUGUCUCCGAAGUUUAAUAAACUCAAAACACUUAAUUUUAUUGCACUGAACUAUUGAUUAUCUGUUUAACACUAAAAAACAAGGCAAUCUCCGACUUUUGCCUCACUGACUGAGUGAAUUAUUUUAGAGUUAAAGAAAUGUACAUUACAACAGAGAAUUCUUAUGUACUCCAAAGUAUUUGUUUUGUGCAAGACUGCUGGCUAUUUUACAGAAAUACACAAAUGUUUAAUCUUAGUCUUACAAAGGAAAGUCCUUUUAUUGCUUCUCAAGUGAACUGGAUAUUCCCUUAGGCUUUACACUACCAUUUAGGUUUCUGUUUCUUGAUUUUAUUGCCAACAUAAGCUUAUUUAAAGGAAUGACAUACAGGCUGUCUCUUUCGAAGGACAAUUAUUAAAAACAACCUCCUCCCUUUCCUCCCUCACUUUUGUUGUUGUUGUUGCACAGGGCUUCAUUUGCAAAUAUCCAGAUUUUCUCAAUAGUAAGUGAGCUUCUUCUUAUGAUGUUUUACUGUAAUUGAGGAAUGUAAUCAGUGACUUUUCCCUUAAUUGGUGGUCUUGUUGUAUUGUUAUAGGUGUUCAUCCAUUUUGGUGCCUAUGUUUUAUACUUAAUUUUGAUAUAGAUUUACUUUUUUAAUGAUAUUUAGAAUAUGAAUAAAAACAAAUAAUUUGGCAAGAUGACCUAUCUACACAGAUUUUUUCUAAUUCCCAUCUCAUUUAUUGGUCUCAAUAGGAAGUUAGCCUUUUACACAAGUUCUGUACUGUAUGUACUAUGUGUGUGUGUAUUAUAAAUUAGUUGGGCUUUUAAAAAAAUACUCAACAAUGCCUGAGAGGCAUUGCGCAUACAUGGGCGUUUGAUUCAAGAAGUGGCCCGGUCUGGGCAAAGUUCAGCUGAAUUUCCAAAUUCCCUGUAUAAAUCAGUUUAAAAUGGAUUCCUCCUCUAUCCUUACUUCCUUUUAGUCAAAGAGGCAAUGGAUCUGGAUCAGUUUCUGAAGGGAGUGAUGGGGUGGAUCAGGGUCAAUAACCUGAAGCUGAAUCUUGACAAGAUUAAGGUGGAUUAGGGGUGGGGGGUCUAGAAAUUGGAGAGUUGGCCUGUUACGAGUUGCCCUCCCUUGAAGGAACAGGUAUGUAGUUCGGAGUAUUCUUUCAUCCAAUAGUCUCACUUGAGGACUGAAUUCAGUUGGACAUCAAUGUGUACAGGAUUGUAUCCUUGGUCUGUUUGAUGUACUCAUACUGUGCUUUCAACAGCUGAAUUACUGACAAAAUAUAUUAAAGAAAAUGUAGACUGUUGUAAAGGUUAGAGGCUUAUUUUAACUGAUAAAAGUUUGCUUUGAAUACAGUAUGGACAGCUGUUAAUUAAUAUUUUAUGUGCAGCUCUUGCAGCAAGUCAUCUGUAAAUUCUGUAAUGUAUAUCAGAUGCAAAUAGCAUAACUGAUGUAUAACACAUGCUGGACUUAUUUAUUAUGACUUUGGUGUCACCUCUUAAUUUGUGAUAUGCCCUACGUUUGUUGUUCAUUGAAGUGGUCCUAGAGAUCCCCAAAUCCCAAACUGCAGAACAUGGAAAGCAAUGCCUGCUAUUGUGCCACACAGCUCUAUGUAUGUGCCACAUAGCUACUGUGCAGAUGUAGCCAAAAAUCGGGUUAACAGCCCAGAUCAUUGAUCUUGGGUGGCAGAUUUUGGGAUAGACACACUAAUGUAGAGAAACAAUGAUUAGCCAGGGGUUCACCAUUUCCUUCAGUAAGCAGCCCUGUCUGCUCCCCAGCCUGCCAUUCUCCUUGCCUUUUCUUAUACCUGGUGCCAAACUAUACAUAACACCAUGUCUCUAAAAGCACUUCUGUCCCAGCCACAAGUUUUUGUACAUCCUCUCUUUCCCCCUCCUCGCUGUGUAAUUUAAUUUUGAAAGUAGUAUGUAGGUGGGUGAAUGCUGAACUCAACUCCACUGUCUAGUUUAACCAAGUAAUUUCCUCAUACCCCAUCUAGCUUUUCAUACUUCGCUUUGCUGCAAGAAAGCAGCUGAGAGAGGAGUUGAAGGAGAGAAAGAGGCCAGGGUUGAGAGGGGGUUAACAUCCACACCAACAUGUCUCUUUUGCACUUUAUAGACCCAUUACUCCAGAUUGGGGCAGGGAAUCAGCUGGAAUUUCAGUGCAUAGAUAGAUAGCUUGAUCUAGUUCACCCUCCAUCAACCUGGUGCCCUCCAUAAGCUUUUAAGUACAACAUCCACCUGCGCCAACCAGCACGGCCAUUUUAGGAAUUCCAGAUAUAUCAUUUUCACUUACAUUCACACUUGCCUUUGCAGGUAAAUUAUGAGAAAGUCUUCUGUAAGAAAAGUAUGAUAUAAUACUGAAUAUAUAUUUGUUUUAUGAAUGUAUGUAGUACUUGCACCACCACCCAUCUGUCCUCCCAGUUGAACGACGUGGCCCAGGGAGAGAGGGAAAAUAGUGGAAGUGAACAGCUGGCUUCGCAAAUGGUGUAAACAGGAACGGUUUGGAUUCUUAGAUCCACGGACUGCAGUUUCUUGAAGAUGGACUUCUGGCAAGCGAUGGGCUGCACCUCACAACGGUUGGGAGAAAUGUUUUUGCCAAAAAUCUCAGAAACCUCAUCAGGAGGGCUUUAAACUGACUAAUGUGGGGAGGGAGAUAGUGCUCCUGAAGGUAGGAGUCUAUCAAUUGAUGAAGAUGAUCAUCCAAAUGUCAUAGACCAAAUGGAGCAAACAGCACACAGACCUAGUGGUGGGAGGAAAAAAUCCUUAAAUAAGAGUCACGGGGAAAUGAUUAAUGGACUUCAAUGUCUGUACACUAAUGCGCAAAGCAUGGGAAAUAAACAAGAUGAGCUUGAGCUCUUGGUACAGCAAACUAAAUAUGACAUAAUAGGCAUCACUGAAACCUGGUGGGAUAAGUCCCACGAUUGGAAUGUAAUAAUGGGGGAUACAAUCUAUUUCAGAGAAACAGACCAGACAAGAAAGGAGGAGGAGUGGCGUUAUAUGUCAGGGAUGUGUAUACCUGUGAAGAGAUCCAAGAUUUAGAACCUCAAAGCCAAAGUGAGAGCAUUUGGGUCAAAAUUAAGGGAGAGAAGAAUAACGUGACCUCAUUGUGGGAGUUUACUAUAGAUCCCCAAGCCAAACGGAGGACAUAGAUGAUGCCUUCCUGGAACAGAUGGCCAAGCAUGCAAAAGGAAGGGAGAUAGUAGUAAUGGGGACUUCAAUUACCCGGAUAUUUGUUGGAUGUCAAACUCAGCCAAGAGCAUAAGGUCAAACAGAUUCCUCACUGGCCUUGCAGACAACUUCAUUGUCCAGAAAGUGGGAGAAGCAACAAGAGGAACAGCCAUUUUAGAUCUGGUCCUAACCAAUGUUGAUGACCUGGUUAGUGGGGUAGAAGUGGAAGGAUCAUUAGGCGCAAGUGAUCAUGCUCUUCUGAAGUUUACUAUACAGCGGAAAGGAGCAGCCAAGCAUACUAGGACUCAAUUUCUUGACUUUAAGAAAGCUGACUUCAUAAAACUUAGGGAAGUGCUGGGUGAGAUCCCAUGGACAGUAAUACUAAAAGGAAAGGGAGUUCAUGAUGGCUGGGAGUUUGUUAAGAGGGAGAUACUAAAAGCACAACGUCAGGCAAUACCAAUGAGACGGAAACAUGGAAGGUGCCUAAAGAAGCCAGGGUGGCUAUCUAAAGAACUUUUAACUGAGUUAAGAUUAAAAAGGAUGUGUACAAAAAUGGAAAAGGGGAAUCCACCAAAGAGGAAUUCAAACAAAUAGCCAGCACGUGUAGACACAAAGUCAGAAAAGCUAAAGCACAGAAUGAACUCAGGCUUGCUAGAGAGGUUAAAAGCAACAAAAAGGCUUUUAUGGGUAUGUCCGUAGCAAAAGGAAGAACAAAGAAACAGUGGGGUCACUCAGAGGAGAAGAUGGUGAAAUGCAAACAGGGGACACAGAAAGAGCUGAACUCCUCAAUGCCUUCUUUGCCUCAGUCUUCUCCGAUAAAGAAAACAAUGCCCGACCUGAAGAAUUUGGAGCAAAUGAUUCAGCAAAGGAAACACAGCCCAGAAUAACUAAGGAGAUAGUACAAGAAUACUUGGCUAGUUUAGAUGUAUUCAAGUCUCCAGGGCCAGAUGAACUGCAUCCAAGAGUAUUAAAAGAACUGGCAGAUGUGAUCUCAGAACCACUGGCAGUCAUCUUUGAGAAUUCCUGGAGAACAGGCGAAGUCCCGGCAGACUGGAGGAGGGCAAAUGUUGUCCCUAUUUUCAAAAAGGGGAAAAGAGAGGACCCAAAUAAUUACCGCCCAGUCAGUCUGACAUCAAUACCAGGGAAGAUUCUGGAGCAGAUCAUUAAGCAAACAGUCUGUGAGCACCUAGAAAGGAAUGCUGUGAUCACCAAUAGUCAGCAUGGAUUUCUGAAAAAUAAGUCAUGUCAGACUAACCUGAUCUCGUUUUUUGACAGAAUUACAAGCCUGGUGGAUGAAGGGAACGCAGUGGAUGUAGCCUACCUUGAUUUCAGCAAGGCAUUUGACAAGGUGCCUCAUGAUAUUCUUGUAAAGAAGCUGGUAAAAUGUGGUCUUGACUAUGCUACCACUCAGUGGAUUUGUAACUGGCUGACUGACCGAACCCAAAGGGUGCUCAUCAAUGGUUCCUCUUCAUCCUGGAGAAGAGUGACUAGUGGGGUGCCCCAGGGUUUUGUCUUGGGCCCGGUCUUAUUCAACAUCUUUAUCAACGACUUGGAUGAUGGACUCAAGGGCAUCCUGAUCAAAUUUGCAGAUGACACCAAAUUGGGAGGGGUGGCUAACACCCCAGAGGACAGGAUCACACUUCAAAACGACCUUGACAGAUUAGAGAACUGGGCCAAAACAAACAAGAUGAAUUUUAACAGGGAGAAAUGUAAAGUAUUGCACUUGGGCAAAAAAAAUGAGAGGCACAAAUACAAGAUGGGGACACCUGGCUUGAGAGCAGUACAUGUGAAAAGGAUCUAGGAGUCUUGGUUGACCACAAACUUGACAUGAGCCAACAGUGUGACGCGGCAGCUAAAAAGCCAAUGCAAUUCUGGGCUGCAUCAAUAGGAGUAUAGCAUCUAGAUCAAGGGAAGUAAUAGUGCCACUGUAUUCUGCUCUGGUCAGACCUCACCUGGAGUACUGUGUCCAGUUCUGGGCACCACAGUUCAAGAAGGACAUUGACAAACUGGAACGUGUCCAGAGGAGGGCAACCAAAAUGGUCAAAGGCCUGGAAACGAUGCCUUAUGAGGAACGGCUAAGAGAGCUGGGCAUGUUUAGCCUGGAGAAGAGGAGGUUAAGGGGUGAUAUGAUAGCCAUGUUCAAAUAUAUAAAAGGAUGUCACAUAGAGGAGGGAGAAAGGUUGUUUUCUGCUGCUCCAGAGAAGCGGACACGGAGCAAUGGAUCCAAACUACAAGAAAGAAGAUUCCACCUAAACAGGAGUAACUUUCUGGUCAGUCUCACUGCAUAACAUUCUUCCCCUCAGUCUGCUUAUAGCAUCCGUUAUUAAGAGUUCAUUUUGUCAUGGAAUUAAAUUGUAAGCCAUGUCUCAAUAAAUCAACAUCAAACUGUAAGAGGUGAGAUCUCUUUAAUCUGAACAGUUUCACAGUUUAAAGACAGAGUUUUCUUUUCUGUUUGUAGCAUUUUAAUUCCAAAGGGACAAGUGUGAUUGCUUUUCGAGACUCAUUUUAAGAAUAAUUUGGUUUGUGAGACAAACAGGCAUGCAAGCGAAAUGCUUUUACAGGGAAGGAUGACAUUUAAAUUGCUAUUGAUCUGUGGAAAGUUCAGUUUGCAUAGAAGACUGAGGAUAAAGGAUAACUUGGAUGCUUUGAGUGUGCAAACUUUGGCCUUACCUGUGCUAUACAUUUAAACCAGUAUUAUAACACUUUAAACAGUCAUGGCUUCCCCCAAAUAAUACUGGGAACUGUUAAGGGUGCUGAGAGUUUUUAGGAGACAACUAUUACACUCACAGAACUCCAGUUUUCAUAGUUCUCUGACAUGAGGGAUUCAUUGUUCAACCUCUCUGCUGCAAAUCACCCUAAGCCCCCUUUUGACCCUGCUGGUGUUUCAGCUGCUUCUGAAUUUGCAGAAUGGAAGCUUAAAACAACCUGCUUUCCAUAAGGACCCUCAUGUAAAUUAUACUGUUUCAGACUUAAAGGGAAUAAUCAUAAACAAUUUUUUUUGUUAAUAAUUGCAAAAGUGAGAAGUGCAAAGUAAUCUAAUUUGAUUAUAGUUUAUUGCACAAUACUUUGCGUCAGACUGAUAUGCUUUCUUAUCUAAACUAACGGUAACUUAAGUCCUAAAAUGCAUACUUUAGUUAGAUAUAUUUUCAUUGGCACUUAAGAAGUUGCGUCCUUAAGAACAUUUAGCCAUUAUCACAUGGUCCUUUGGAAAAGGGAUUCAUUUUCUGUAUUAAAAAACCCCAAUUUAAAUGAAGUGCAUAGCUGAGUGUGUAUCCACUCAUCUGCUGCAUCAUUACAACAUGGCAAACAGCUUGUCAAUCCCUUCCCCACAUCAUCUGUACCUCUUAACAUUUUCUGUUCUUUCUGCAAGCAUUUAAGUACUAGGCUGCAUUUACAAGAGGAAAUGUGAAAGGAAUAAAUCUCAAACGCCAAAAACCUUGCCUUAAUAUACCCUGAAAUACUUGAUUCUCCAUUAAUGAAGGAUAAAACAAUUACACUACUUUGCCCUGUAAACAACACUGAGGAAAUUCUGUGUGACUCAUCCAUUUUGUCAAUGUUAUAACAGAACGAAAUUGACUAGCUAAUGAGAUCUUAAUAGGUGCAGUGAUUCUAAAGUAAAACUCUGUACUGGCAGACACUACAUUAUUGAGCUAAGUUCAAGGUAUUACUGUUACUUUAUACAACCCUAAAUAGCCUAGGACCAGUUUCCCUGAAUGACUACCUUGUGUCUUAUACAUUGGCCAGAUCACUUUGGUCAUCUGGAGAAGCCUUCCUGGCUGUCCUACAGUUAUCUCAUUUUUGGUUAGUUUCUGCAAACUAAUUUUAGUGUGUUACUUUGGUGUGCAAUUUGCAUGCAAACCAGAUACACACAAUUCUGAUAUUUCUCCAUUUCACCAAGCAUUUCUAGACAUUUCUGUUUUGCCAAGCUUUUUUAGAGAAUUGAUUUCAUUCUUUUGUUCUUUUUGUUCUCUCUUUUAUGAUUUUAUAAUGUAAUGUAUUAGUAAUAUUGCACCUUGCCAUGAUAUACUUUUCAAAUGACUUGGUGGUUUAGAAAUACUCUUGCAAAUAAAUAAGGUAAAAUAGUAUUUGCACAUCUGUAUUUGGUUCACAUCUGGCUCAUCCAGAAACACAGGAUAACUCUGACAUUUCCUUGCUGAGCUCUUCCUAGAACAUGAAUUGAGAUAAUCCCCUGCUAGGAUGAAGAAGCUAUAGGGAGCCAUCUAGAAGAAGAAGAAGAAAAUUCUCAGCAAAUGACACCACUGCUGCAAUUCCAAUAAUAGGUCCUCAGGUGACAUACCUUCAAUAAACCCAUAGCUUUACAUUUACACACAGUUACAAUUUAUGCAAUUUGCAUGAGAAUUUACAAUCACAAAGCUGUGUUAUCCCAAACACUUUGGAUCUGAAACAGCCCUGGCAACUUUCCAGAUGCCUGGAGGUUACAACUAAUUUGCAUAUUGAUUUACAUAACCAUUUAAAUUUCAGCAUGACCCUGUUCUGCCAGAGAAAUACACUAAUAAAAAACAGAAAUAGGGGCCUUCAAGCUGUGGGCUGGCUUGAUACUUUUGCGAGCUCCUUUCAAUUUAAUUUAAUUUAUUUCUCCAUCUCAAUUUAGUCAUUUAUGUCCAUAGCAUUAUGUUUAUUCCUCCUUUUAGCUGUGAAAUACUGCAUUUGCCUUUUGUGUGCUCUUUAAAGGUGGUGUCAUCAGCCUGUCUCUUGUAUUCAUCUGCAAGUUCUGUUCAGAACAUACCUUGCACAUGCUUCACAAUAUGUAUUUAUAUAUCCCGUGGAGAGUAUCUUAUGUCACUGUGCUAAUUGUAUGCUUAUUGAGCUUUAGAGGGAAAUUGGCCCUUUCUUAUGUCCACUCAUUUAUGUAGCAGCUCCCUCUAAUUAUACUUCUGUUUAUAACAGUCUCUCACACACAGAUGAAGCACAUACACCACCCACAGAGGGAAGUGGGGAGAAUGGGAGAUCUCUCUCUCUCUCUCUCUCUCUCUCUCUCUCUCUCUCUCACACACACACACACACACACACACACACAGCAUAACUUGGGACCCUUCCAGUUGAAUACAAUCCAGCCAUAUAUUGUGGCCUGCCAGGUGUUGACAGCCCUCUCCUUUUCGCAGUAUUAGAGGCAAACAAGAACCACAAUAGGUUUAUCAGUUCCCAUUUAGGCUGGUGAGAGGGCUGCUACCAAAAUUUUCCUCAUCUGAAUUUCUCUCAGAUUUUGCAGUUCUGAAUUAUUGGUCUUCCUUUCAAGAUCAAAGUGGUACACUAGAAAUAAUCCAUUGUUCUGUUCUGUUAUUUUUUCCGUAUCAUUUAUACACUGCUUGAUUGGUUUUAAAACCAAACAAACCCUGAAAAGUGGUUUAUUAUUUCCAAACUUUAUACAGAGUACUGUGCAUGCACAGUUUGCUACAGCUUUCACUUAUUACAUUUGCACUGAUGAAACACAGGGAAAGAAGUAAUGUUUAUUUGCUCAUACAUACAAUUGCAUCUAGAUUCCUUUAUGUACUACAGUAUGUUUAAACCAAUAUUCAUGUUUGAUCCGCACUUAAAAGUGUCGGUGAAACACUGUAAAAAACUGUCUUGAUCAGAUUGUCUAUCUGAUUGCAUCAAUAUUCUUUUUCAGUUGCAUGCUAUUAUUUAUUAGAUUUCUUACCCACCCUUCACCCAGUGCAGGUUACAACAAUAUAUACAUUAUUAAGAUCCGUUAAAAAAAUGAUAUUAAUGCGCACAUAAGUAUAACACUGCACAAAAAGAAAGUUAAUUAAAAACACUGCUAUAUAGCUGAACAAACAUUCAGUCAAGAGAAAGAAAGGUGGUAUAUCCAUAAUUGACAAGGCAGGUCAAAGAGAGCAAGUACAAAACUGCAACUGCAGGAACAUUUCUAAUAAUCACAUUCAGGCUCAGCAACGAGAGCUGUUGGCAAUAGCUAUCCGUUGUAAAAAGGCAGUGGUUUGGUUAUUCAUUUAUUCCAGACAGAUGUCCUGAUCUCACCAGGGGGCAUACACCUGUGAAAGACAGAAGCAGGCUUCCAUGCAUGUAUUCUUAGCUGGGAGGACUACAUAAAGUAACAACUACAUAAGUAAAUGAAUGCUGCAUUUGCAACUCAUCCAACUCGGUUGCUAGAGUUACGGUUACAUAGCACCAUUCAGAAAACCAACAGAAGCACCAUCCAGCUGAUGGAAUGGGGCUGGGGAGUUAGCCUUUACCACACUGUCUUGACCUGAAACAGCUGAUUGUGCUGUCAUUUAUUACAUGGCUCAUCUACUCUAUGCACACAGAGGGGGCAGAUAUGGAAAUGUCAUUGUGCUUUUUAGAUCAACAUGCAGCCUAAGACUAAGAAAGGUAGAAAGAUAAUAGAGGGACAAAACUUAUGUCCAUUUGGCUAGAUGUCUCUUGCAGCAUAGCACCAGUUGCAUAUUGAAACUGUUUAUUUGUCCUUAUGAAUAUGUUUUUUAAGCAUAUGAUCCCUCCCCCCAAAAAGUGUCUUGCUCAAGUAGUCAUCAUUGCAUAUAGAUAAAUAAAAGGGAGAUUUCCUGUAAAGGAUCAGUCCAAAUGAAGUAUCCUGGUAGGCAGUUAUGCAGAAGUAAUAGUGUUGGGAAUGGGAAGAUGGGAAUGAAAUUGAUAAAAGAGCAGGAAAAGUGAAAAGAAUGGGAGUGCUUUUAUGGAAUGCAGGGUAAUACUGUGUGUUGUGAAAAUAGGCAUGAAUUCCACAUAUUCAUUGAAAUAUAUAGUUAAGAUGAAUAAGCAGGACAUAUUUCAGGGAGGAAAAAACCAGCACAUAAAUUUUCCCCCUCUAGAAGUGACUGAAUCAACGGAAUCUUUAUAUUGCUCCCUAGCCAGCUGUGAUGACUUACAGUUAACAUUCCAGGAUAACACUGCCAUGUUCUAAAGGCUUACUCAGCAGAAGUAUCCUAAGGCAAAUACAUGGUGCUUGUUCUUAUGGGGUCAGUGUGAGCUGAAAAUGCUUCCUACUAUAUUAUCAUCAAUAUUACUAGGUAGGGAAUACAACCAAAUUAAAACAGGGCUAGAAUGACCUUGGGGUAAGUGACAAACACCUUUACUACAACUGUUCACAAGUGGCAAUAAGUAAUGGGACCUGCAGAGGUAGCCAUCAAACGUAAGUAAUUAGCUGAAGCAAGGCAGAGACAAAGAUACAUCAGGCUGGGAAGUGGGCCAAAAAAAGAGGAAUCAAAUCAGCAAAGGCCUAGUUGAAGAAGCUAAUAAAAGCAUUCUUGUUUAUGGCAUUAGACUUAGGAAGAAUUAUAGCCACCCCAUAAAGGUGGGUGGGUGGAUUUCCUCACUUUAUUUUCAGAAUUUUUAUACAUUGUCUCAGGCUGUAUACAUAGAAAAAGCAGCCAGAACAUUCUUUUUAUUGAAUUGCAGCUACCGUAUUUUUCGCUCUAUAAGACGCACCAGACCACAAGACGCACUUAGUUUUUGGAGGAGGAAAACGAGAAAAAAAAUAUUCUGAAUCUCAGAAGCCAGAACAGCAAGAAGGAUCUCUGCGCAGUGAAAGCAGCAAUCCCUCUUGCUGUUCUGGCUUCUGGGAUAGCUGUGCAGCCUGCAUUCGCUCCAUAAGAUGCACACACAUUUCCCCUUACUUUUUAGGAGGGAAAAAGUGAGUCUUAUAGAGCAAAAAAUACGGUAAUUUGGUGAGAAAUGCAUUGAAAUGUAGUACAGUAGUACCUCUACUUAUGUUCACCUCUGGUUACAUAUCCUUAGGGAUAUGUGCGUUGCAAACCCGGAAGUAUUUUUCUGGGUUUUGCCACGCGUGCAUGCGCAGAAGCACUCUACUGCCACGCGCACAUGCACGGAAGCUGUCUACUACCACACGUGCAUGUGCAGAAGCGGUCCCUCUGGUUGGAGAAACCUCGGGAUCAGACCGGAGCUCUAGAACGGAUCCCGUACGCAACUGGAAGUACCACUGAAUUCUGUAAGAAACAACAGAAUAGAUGGAGGAUAGAUAUGGAUUAUGUACAUUACUUCCCAAACCAUUGGUGGGAGCGUACUGGAUGCUGAGUAAACAAUAGUGUGUGUACAGUCUCAGUUCCACAGUCUACUUCUGUCUUUCAAAUCUUUCAGAUAUAUAUAAUUGUCUCUUUCAAAUAUAUAUAAUCUUUCAAAUCCUUCAAAUACAUAUCACUCAUUUCGGAAAUGGCCCAUGCACAGUUUGUCAUACCUUUCUUUCCCAUCAGUGUGAAUUCUUCCAUUUUCAAAGCAAUUGUGAGCUUUAAAACACCAGGUAUUUGGGCUUGUUUCCUCCCACAUGCUCUGUGAUAAUGCUGCACCUAAUCUAAUCAUAUCAGCAUUCCUUUUAGUUUAUGGAAAGGUCACAGUUUGUUAGUCUGUAUGCUAUUGUUGAUCCUGGUGUGCAUUGUUUUACAUUCAUUUAAAGGCAGUUUAAUCCCUCUCUUUGCCUUCAUAAAGCUCAUGACCCUUAUUCAAGGUGUUGCUUUUUUCCAUAGAACCCUGAAUUUCCAAAAAAUUCUUUGUGUUCUGGGUUUUUUUGUUUUUUGGGUAGUGUCAACUGCCUGAACAAUGGCCUACAGAUUUGUUGCAGCUUUUUGAACCUGCUUUCAGUAAUGAAACACCUAAAAUCUGGGUCCUGGGUCAUAAAAUGAUGGAGACUCUGAUCAAAGGCUGCCUGAUAGGUUACCUAACUGGGGAGGGAAAAUAAGCAUACAACAGCAAGAGUAAACCACAUACACAGUGAUUCCAGAAGGAGGCACCAUUUCAUAUGGACCUGUUCCCAUUGCUACUAUGUUUUGUGUUAUUGUAGCAUCCUUUAUUUGAACCAUGGCAACAGAAGAAAUUGUCUUAUGGAUAAGUCUUUGGAUUUCCUGGUAUAGCGUUACCCUCAAAUAUGUUGGAGAAGCAAGUAAAUUGUUCACUACUUCUAUAUCUGGCAAGAGCCAAUUGUUACUUCACUUGAGCAAGUUCAGUUCAGGACUGGGUGUGCAGAAGCAAGUUGGUUCCACUCUAGGCUCAGAAUGAUGGAGAAGCUAUGUUGGCAGUGAGGAAGCCAGGGGAUCAACUCAAUGGCUUCUGUACAAAACUAGCUAAAGCUAAAAGUCUACAAAAGGCUGGGAGAGCUAAAGGGCGAAGAUGCUGAAUGGAAAUGGGUGAGAAAUUGUGAAGUGGGUGUUUUGGGUGGAGAAGCGAAAGGUAUGUAGGGUAAAGGCCUGAGACUCCACCCUAAACACCAUCCUGACACUUCAUGACAAUUUUUAAACUAAUUACUAUACAUAUAAUUAAUAUAUCCUUUUAAAUGUGUUUGGGGGAUUAUGGUUUUGUUUUGAUUUGGUUAUUGUUUUAUUAGGCAUUUUGUGUUUUUAUCUUGUAUUUUUUAUGCUGUGGACCACCCUAACAUCUACAGAUGAAGGGGGGUAUACUAAUUUAAUAAAUAAUAAUAUUUGAACUGACUAUAUAAAUUUUCUUGGUACAUAUAUCUCUUCAGUUGUUAACAAUUUCUCUCUAGCUCUCGUCCCUUAAGAGCUCAGGCUCAUUUUGUUCAAUAAAUUACAAGAACUAAUGCUCUAAAGAAACUCCUCUGCAUCUGCAGAUGGUUUAAUCCUUCAAAGCCAUGCCAGCUUCAUUGACUGACCCUUUGAAAAACAGCCUGCAGAAACUGCAAGGACAAUCUCAUGUUUUUCUUAUUAGGCACAACUCCAAGACUGCGGAAAAGACAAAGACAAAAAUCUAUCCUCUUGUGUGGGUUGCAUUGACCUAGAGACAGCAGAUUUUAACCAAAUGCACUAUAUUUCCUGUGCCUGCACACUUUACAUACUAAAUUAUUAAAUGUGCUGUGUACCUUCUAAUAUAAUGUUAUUUAUUUUCUCCUAUUUUUACACAAAUUGGGCAAUAAACAAAUUAAACCUUGGAAUAUACUAAAGCAUGUAAGAAAAUUCUACAUGCAGAGUUUUAACCCUUUUUACUCACAAAUAGCCCUCUUCACACAUUGGUGUGUCUCUUCUCAGUAUUUAGUCUCAAAUUUCAGUUGUAAUAAGUAGUAAAUUCUCCCUCCCUACCCACAUUGCAUCUUUUCCUUAUGUUCCAUCUCUUGGUUUGUAGAAUCCCGAGAAUGUGGAGGGAGGAGAGAUCCCUUUGUCAAAAAACAGAAAAAAAUAAAGAAUAAAGAAGAAUAAGGGUUUUCAGCUCAAAUUCUUUUGAAUGUUUAAUAAUACUGCACAUGCCUGCUCAGAAGUAAGUCCCACUGAGUUUGGUAGAAUUUUUUUAGGUGGCCCACAGCUGCUUGGUAUCAUUCCCUUUUAAUUUGUAACAGAAUGGUCCAUGGGAAUGAUGCUGAGUCCUGAUGUGGGACAGGCAUGUCCAACUCCCAAGAUAAAAAAAAAAAAAAUUCCUUCCAGUAGCACCUUAAAGGUAAAGGGACCCCUGACCAUUAGGUCCAGUCGUGGCCGACUCUGGGUUGCGGAGCUCAUCUCACGUUAUUGGCCGAGGGAGCCUGCGUACAGCUUCCGGGUCAUGUGGCCAGCAUGACUAAGUCGCUUCUGGCGAACCAGAGCAGCCCACGGAAAUGCCGUUUACCCUCCCACCGGAGUGGUACCAAUUUAUCUACUUGCACUUUGACGCGCUUUCAAACUGCUAGGUGGGCAGGAGCAGGAACUGAGCAACAGGAGCUCACCCCAUCCUGUGGAUUCGAACCGCCGACCUUCUGAUCAGCAAGUCGUAAGCUCAGUGGUUUAACCCACAGCGCCACCCGCGUCCCCUUGUAGCACCUUAGAGACCAACUAAGUUUGUUAUUGGUAUGAGCUUUCGUGUGCAUGCACGCUUCUUCAGAUACUACAACUCCCAAGAGACUGCCAUCUACUCCCAGUAUAAAAAAAGUGACUGUGAUCUACCCAUUGUCAUUGGAGGCAGGAUGAGUGUGCGUGGGGUGGAUGGAUUGCCCAGAGUUGUUGAGCUUUUUGGGGGGAAAGCUGCACAGUGUUUUAAAGCUUCCGCCCCGUAACUUUUUGUACAUGAUACGGAUCCCACGCUCUACCAGAUCAUAAUCUACUGGUUGGACACCCCUGAUAUAGGACAAGGGUGGACUUUGGUAAUACAGUGCCCUGAGGAAGGACAAAAUUUACCUCCCUUAACUUCUGCAAAUGCUCUCAAGUGCACUACAUAAUAGUUUUGCCCUCCCUUGGCUUGGCGCCCUGUGCAGGAGAUACACUUAUACAGCCCUAAAUGCAGCACUGAUAUAGGCUAGUUCCCAGGGCCAUUCUUGUUGGGAACAAUUGUUAACCCAGUUGACCUGUGUGGCAGCCAUUUCCCUCCUCAAGAAUUUAACUGGAAACAGCUCUAAAUAAUGAUAUAAAAAAUUCAUCGCAAUGCAGAAUAUAGAAAAGAAAAACCAAAACAACAACAUUAAAAGUGAUAACAGAUUAAUUCUAAAAGCAGCGGGCAGAAAUCUAGUCUCCUCUCAACUACAUUCAAAUGAUUGUAAUCACUAAGAAAUUAGCCAGCCAGAACACCCACAAAGAUAGCAGAGAUGCUCACAAUCAAAUGCCUGGGGAGAAAAGGAAAGUAUUCACUGGCUCCACAAAGGUAUUAAAGUAGGUGCCAGGUGAGACUCUGUAACAAAUAGAUUAGAUUUUCCAUUUUAAAUGACGAACAAGCAGCGUGAUCAUUUCAGUAGUUCCGUCUGGCGCUUCGGGGUGCAUGGAACUGUCUCGAUCCUUUUUAUGUCCUUUUUGCAGUGUCAACCGACAGGUUUUGUCCUGUUUCUGGGUGCGUCUUUUAAAAUAGAAAACAAUUAAAAAACAAUUAAAAAGGAAUUCCCAAGGGAUGUCCCCUGUCCUGCUCUCUCUUUAUUAUUAUUAUUUUUUACAAAGCAUUAUGCACAAUGGCAGGGUUAAAACUUUUUGGGAUGUAAUGGAGUAGCAAGGCCAAGGAAAGGCCCUAUUACUGCCACCUACUGGCAACAAUAUGAUCACGCUUCAUUCAUAGCCUUUCAUAGAGGCUCGUGACUUUCACAAACUUACCAUAAAUACUGAGCCCCAGAGAUUUUUGUCCUGAACGGCAGUCCCCGCAGACAAACUUCUAAGACCCAAAACACUAAACCUAUGACGGAGAGGCUCUCUGUCUUCUGUGUGAUGCAAACAAUCCUAUAUAACAUAAUCAACCAUUUCCUUCGCCCCACAAACCUCACAUCCGCCCAGCCCUGCACAAACCACUCUGAAGAGUACAAUGCCGGCCCUAGUCAGAACAGACUAACUUAUCUCUGUGGUCCUUUCAGUUCACAAUUCAAAAAUUGUCCAUUGAUAGGCACAUUAAAACCUCAUUGGAUUCCUGGAAUGCAUUUAGAAGUAUGGAAAAGAAGUGGAAUCAGUCAAACCGCUGUUCAAUGGGCAAAUCAAGGAACUGGAUCUACUGAACACUUUGUUCACCUAACACUACCUUUCUCUGUGUUAUUUGGUAUAACUGGGAAUUUGACAUCCUGUAUCAUAAAUAAAUAGACUAAUGUAGUACUAGAUGCUUAAUUCAACACAUGCUUAAUUCAUUUUUUUUAAUGAAUAGUCUUAUUAAAUGUUUCAUGAAAGGUACCAUAUGCUUUUUUAAAAAUCUGAAAAUGAAUUGCAGAGUCACAGCUAAUUUAAUUACAUGGCUUCACUGUCUUGGGAUAAUAACGCUGACAGAAAAUUAAAAUAUAGUUAUUCCAUGAAUGUAACCUUCUCCAUUGCCAAAAGAAGAAAAAGAAAAGAAAAGAAAAAGAAAAGAAAAGAAAAGAAAAAGAAAAAGAAAAGAAAAAUAGCAUGAUUAACUAGAUUGAAAUUAUUGCCUAUAUUUUGAGGGUUAUUACCGUAUUUUCCGCUCUAUAAGACGCACCUAGUUUUUGGAGGAGGAAAACAAGAAAAAGAAUAUUCUGAAUCUCAGAAGCCAGAACAGCAAGAGGGAUCACUGUGCAGUGAAAGCAGCAAUCCCUCUUGCUGUUCUGGUUCCUGGGAUAGCUGCACAGCCUGCAUUCACUCCAUAAGACGCACACACAUUUCCCCUUACUUUUAAGGAGGGAAGAAGUGAGUCUUAUAGAGCAAAAAAUACGGUAUUUUAAAAAAUAACGUACACUGAGUUGAUAAUAGAGUAAAACAAACUUAAGCAGUCCACUGAACUGUAUUUCUGUUGCUUUGUUGUGCUUCCUCAAGUUAGCAUCUAGGCUCAUACAAAUAUGCAUCUAAUAUACCACUAAGAAAAAAUUAGACACAAUGAGUUUAACUCUUAACUUCAUAAACUUCAUAAAAUUGUCUGUUGGGCUCUUGUGGGCAUUUCAAAGUGAAUUUUCCUCUCAGGGUGUCCACCUAACUUCAGUAGGUAAGACAGCUACAGCCAUUCCUAGACUGAGAUAGUUUGGCCGCUGUGUUCUUGGUAUUGUUCGUACUGGUAAUCUCAAGAUGUGUUUACUGCAAGACAUUCUAGGUGAGACUUCUCAUGGGUUUAACCUGACACUGAUGGUGGUGCAAAAUUUAGCAGCUAGGUUGUUGACUCGGGACACCCUAUCGACAUCAUUUAACACCUCUGCUGAGGAAGUUCGAAGUUUUGCUUUUAGCAUUUAAAACCCUAAACAACUUGGGACCAGGGUAUCUACAGGGAUGAGCUUGCCCAUAUAUCCAUGCCUGGCAACUGCACUCCUCAGAUAGGGCACGGCUCAGAAUACCUUAAGCUCCAAUGCUGUGCUUAGCUUAUACUAGAAACCAGGAUUCUAGCAUUGUAGUGCCAGUUCUCUAGAAUCAAUGCCAGAAUUAGGCAGUGUCAUAAUGUCUAGGCACCUACUGAAGACAUUUCUGUUCAAGAAGGCUUUCCUUGGUAUGUGACCCAGUCACUUAUGGAACAACUGUGAAUUUGUGUAAAUUGUAAAUAUUUUUUCAGAGUUUGCUGAAGUAGUUUUAGAUGUGGUAUUUUCCCACCCACCCCCUUGCUUUUGCACUACUUCAGUGGCUCUAAGCUACAAAGUGGUCUGUUAUAAAUUUGCUUUAUUAUUUUUUAUUUUGGUGUCAUGCUACAUGUGUGGAUCUUGUGAUAGGAAUUUUAUGGUCUUAUAUAUAUGGCAAUGUUCAUAACCGCACAUACCUAGAUCAACACAGGAAGGCCAACCUGGAACCAUUUUGAUUCCUAAACUGACCAAAUGUUUUCUCUGCAAGGUCAAACUGGAAAAGUCUCCCCAUUGUCUCUUUCCUCACAAAUCCUGUCUUAAGGACACAUUUAAGAUAUGAUUAAGGUGUGAGCCUGUGACCUGGCCCAGGAAAUAAGUAUUUUACCACUACAAAAGAAUGGCCAGGCUCCCCAGGCAAUCCAAUCAAGUAACUUGCCAGACAGGAGAUAAACUGGGACAGGAGAAAAACAACAUGCAAAUGUUCUGUUUCAGACCGCCUUUUUUGGGAUGUAUCUGAGGGGUGGGCUUAGGUUACACCCCUUCUGUGAUGAAUGCAUAAUGUUUCUGGAGGUGGUCUUGAUCUAGAGGAUGGGAAUUUCAAAAGUCUUUAUAAGCCCUUGCACAGCAUUUUGGGGGGUCCUCUUCCUCUCCUGCGUGUGAGGGGAGCACCCUGUUGCAACAGAUUAAUAAAGAUCAAGCAUACUAGCUGCUUUGCUUCUCAAUAUUCUCUGGUUGGCCUCUGUUAUUUUCUCCUACCAAUAGGGAACCUAUGUAAGGACUCUAUAUGGGCUCUUGGAUACCCCAUAAGGGAAAAGGGCAUAUUUUUUAUUUACAACAGUCUGACAGAGCAGCACAACCUGCAUUAGGCUUGGGGAAGAGCAAGGCAGACUAGAUUCUUGCUUUGUCCCCCUUCCUUAUUAUCUGCCUAGACAUCUCAGAAAUCACUCCUGUGUUGGGGGCCUGCGACAUAGCAGUCUGUUUGAUAGCUUCUGGCAAGAAUGGCCUGUCCAGACUAGCAGUUGUGGAAGGAAGGGAGUGCAAGUUCUUUCCCCUGUUCCAUUAUACCUGUGUAAUAUUAAUAAUAAAAUUCCUGUGUACAGUUUUAUUCUCAUUUUAUAAAAGUAAACCUGGACUGACAAAAUGAAAUAUUUAAAAAAAGCAUUAGCUAUCUAUCAGGGAAGCUGAGCCUGCCCCCCCCUCCCCACCCAAAAUUGAACCUCCUCCUUAUUAGAAAGCAGAAAGAUAGCCUUUGCACCGUGGAGCAAUGACCAGAAUCUUUAAUAAGCAUCCUCUGUGGUUCAUUUGAUGGAAGUAAAAGAAAGAAAGGUUAGACAUUCAGCCUUGUUAUAGGACUUAUGAUAAGGAAUAAAAAACUGACAAGAGACAACACUGCAAAUUUGGAAAACUGAAAGCAAUGAAAAUGCAGAGGAGGGAAUUCUAUGAACCAGUUUAUUCGAGACAAAAUUACAUAUAUUAUGCAUCUUAUAUCUUCAUUCAAGCAGGAAAAAUGAUGUCUCGGUAGCUCUAUGAUACUGGAGUUUAUAAUGUAUUCCAUGGAGAGCUGUUUACCUCCACAAAAAGUGAGAAUAUCCCCCAAAAAACUUAAAUUAUCCCUUUAUUUUAUUCUUACCAGGAUUGCUAAUUAUUUUCUAUAUCUUUAUAAGUUUCCUAACAGCGCUUCCUAUUUCAUGUGAAUAUGAAUUUAAAUAAAGAAUGGAAGAUGUGUCUUACAUGUUGCAGAAAACUGCAUCCCCACAAUUCAUAAAUCAAUUGCUCUUAAUAAUACAUCGCUGAAAAAGAAAUUCUGUAUGUAGAAAGGAUUGGAGCAUUAUACAUUAGCAAGUGAUUUUGAUUUCUGGCAUUCAUGCCCUAUUUUGCAAGGAACUGUCCAUCUUUUACAAAUGGGCUACAUGCAGUUAGAAUGAUAGCUGAAAAGUGAUCUAUUAUACUCUACUCUAGGAUUAUGAAGAUUAUUCCUAUUUAGCAAUUCUGCAUUUCGGUCCUUUAAAGGACUACUGUAUUAACAGGGGGUGGGAUCUUAAGGGGAGAAAUGCAAGCAGUGAGAUCAACAUCUUCAGAACUUGUUCAUGUUGAGGCUUUCCAUCUGGAUGCAACCCACAAAAUGGGGGAAUGGCAUAUUUGGCUGUUCAGAUUGUUCAGACUAAUGACUCAAUGUCAGAAGGAUGAAACCUACAGGUCUCAUACAUCAUAUGAUUCCUGCUGAGCUAGUAACUGCAGUAUUACCCUCUAGUAAUUUGUAGUGGCGGUGGGCCUGUGAGCACAGCCAAUUUUAGGCUCAUACAAGUGCAGAUCAGCCUUCAAACAGCUUUGCCCUAAACUGUUUAGAGCUUCAGAGGUAAUCACUAGCAAUUUUAAUUGGGCCUGGGAUCUUCCUGGUAAACAAAUACAACUGAUAGAAAAUAUGUGUUGUUUUUUUCUAUCAACUGGACCCCACAAGCAACUAGACAGAACUUUUCUGUACCAACUGCCUUUAAAGGCAGUUUUACAUUGAGGUGAACUUCUGAUUUUAACUAGGACAUGUAUAACUGCCAACUAUUAAGGACCUCUUUUGUGGCCAGUCAUCUCCAGUUCAGACCCCUUACUCUAUAUGUUAAGUAAGGGUUUUUAAAAUCCCAAAUGUAUAACUUAACUCCACUUAUGUGGAACUGCAUUUUCCAUUUUAAUGCCCAUUCACCCAAUUUGGAAAGAUCCUUUAGCAGCAAUCCCUUGCAAUCCAUUUCUGUUUUUAUCACCCUGAACAAUGCAAAAAGCUUUUGACAAAGCAGCUCCCCUGAGUAAGCUUAACAGUCAUGAGAUAAGAGGAGAGGUCCUCAUGUGGAUUGGUAACUUAUUAAGUAACAGGAAGGGGUCUUUCUAAACGGAGUGAAUGGGUGCUACAAGAACAAAUACAAUUUGGUGUAAACAAAUAUAAAGUGAUGCAUGUCAGAGUAAAAAUCUUAAUUAUAUAAAUAUAAUGCUCAAGGGUUCUGAACUGGCCCCCACCUCUUGCCUUCCAUUCCGUAUCAUAGAUGUGGUGCCCUGUGUGGCACCCCCAAGGCUUUGUACCCAGUGCAACCAAAGUGGUUGUGCUCCCUUAAAUCUGCCUCUAACUGCUGACAUCAUAACACUAUUAUAUAAAUCAAUUAUGUAACCAUACUUGGAGUACAGGUCUCAUUGCCUCACCUCAAAAAAUGAUGUUGUGGAGUUCAGAUAAGGGCAACCAGAAUGAUCAUGGAGGUGAAGCAACUCCCCAUGAGGAAAGGUUUCAGCAUUCAGAGCUCAAACCCGUGACCCUGAGAUUAAGAGUCUCAUGCUCUGCCAAAUGAGCUACCAGUUGCUGGAAACUGCAGGAAGGGAGACUGCUGUUGUGCUCAGUUCCUGCUUGUGGGCUUCUCAUAGGCAAGUGGUUGGCCAAUGAGAGAACAGGGUGUUGGACAAGAUGGGCCACUGGCCUGAUUCAGCAAACUCUUCUAAAAGUCUGGUGUUUAUUUUCUAACCUUUGCAGACUUAUUUUUCUACAAGCUUUGUACUUUUAUAUUUAAUAAUGCUUUCCACCUGGAAAAGAUGUCAAGCUAACCAGCAUACAAUUUCUCAGACUCCCCCUCCUCACAAAGGUCCCUUUUAAAGAAUUAGUAUUACAAGUUUGGCCACUUUCCGGUUCUCACAUACUGAUAAUCGGGAUGUUACAACUUUCUGUUAGAAUAUCAGUAUGUUUCUAUACUAGAAUUGCAGCCUUAAUGUGCAAGAAACUAGUGAAAACUGCUCUGUCUCCCUCCUCUCAAUGCCUUUGAUUAUUUUAAAGUUUUAAAUUGUAAUAAUAAUGUGUUAAUGUUAUACAUUAUUGUACAUUUAUUGGAGAUGGUGCUAUGUGUUGCUUGACCAGUCUGAGGGCCUUGUCAUGUCGUGAGAUUGAUCUAUUGUAUGAGGCGUUUAUAUCCAGUCAUUCAGUCAUAUUCUGUCUGUGAAAAUAUUUCAGCAGAUUGAUGUGUAUAUAGCCAAAGUACUGUAUAUUCUGAUCAUGUCAGAUAUGAAGAGGUAGCAUAAUAAGAACUGGGCCAUUAGAAGAGCAUCAUCAAUAGUGUUAGUAAGCAGAGGAAGCUUUUCCAUGCAUUUUCAAUCAACCCCAGCAGGCUGUGUUUGCGUCUAUACAAGGUGCAUAAUCUAAGUUGUGCUGUCUACUGUAGAAAUGGAAAAGACAAAAGAUCAAACCAGGCAUUGCAUGGAGUUACAUCUCCUGCUGGUUUUUUUUAAACAAAACAACAAAACAAAACAAAACAAAAGUAGCCUCUGCAGACUGCCAGUGGUAGUAGGGCAGGUGGAUGGAAGCUUCUUAACCUUUGUACUUCCCACCAUUAGUCCACUCAAAAACCGCCCUCCCUAUUCUAAUCUUCUGCCUGACCCCACAUCUUUUUCACUCUUGAUUUUCAGUAAAACCAAAACCAAUUCCCAAACACCAGACCAUUGGGGAAAGAAGCACAGGAGUUCAUGUCAUGUCUAAUUUGGUCCAGACUUCUAUCCUAAUCCUGAACUUGUUUACUCAAAGGGUAUAUUAAGUUCAGUGAAACUUACUUGCAGUCCGAAGCCUGGAAUUCUAUGCACACUUACUCAGGAGUGAACUUCACUGGUCCUUUAAUUAUGAAUAGACAUAUAUAGGGUUGCAGCUGUUGAAUCUGUAUUUCUGACAGAAAAUAUGAUGUGCCUUUAUAUAAUUUGCAAUUUGGAGGGAUGUGUCAUGAAAAGUAAGUUAUAUAUCAGUAAAUGAAAACAUUUAAGUAAAUGAAUCCAAAUAUAUAAGUAAGCAGCUAUUAUGUUUUUGUUAUCUUAUAUAUCUAACCCUAAUAAACACCUCAUUUGCAUGACUUUAUUUUUCUGUGAACUAUGCCAAAGCAUAGGUGCUUUUAGGUGAAGUACGUUUUUUCAUUCCACACACUAAAUGAAAAUAUGAUUUUCUAUCACCGCAGCUGCAAUGUGUGAGGUUCUAUAAACAGAUUCAGCUGAGAAAUUCCUGUAAAUCAUUAAUGAUUUAUCAGAAUUGGAAUUUUUUCUCAAGCACAAGAAUUUAUUCAUCAAAAGCCCCCAAACUAUCAAAGCAUACAGGCAUUGUAGGACAGAUUGUUUAUUAUAAUAAACUGUAUUUCUUACAGAGUGAUGCCAUUAUUGCGACAUUUUUGAAUUGCAAAUGAAUAGAGCUCAUCUUCUGGGGUUGUUAAUGCCUGACAGAUCAGAAUCAAAUAGCCACUAGCAACACAAGCAAAAUGAGAUGUUUCCUUCAUCCUCGCCCCCGCCACCUUGUGAUCAUAUUUACAAAAGCAAAGUUGUAACGUUCCCAUACAGUUCUGAAAUGGUUCAAGAAGGCAUACCUACAUUUUGAAUAUUUUAAGAAAAACCCCACAAAACUACAAGUAACACAUAAACAGCAUUUCCCUUUACCUGUUGUCCCAGAUAACUAAGCUGCUAUUUAUAAUCUCUUUCUUCAUCAAGCCAGCCAGUUUCCCUCCAUCCCAAGGGAUUAUGUAUCUCCUGCAAAACACUGGCUCCAGUCUUAUAGUGUCUGGUCAUGGCAAGAUUCCUCAACUUCAAUAGGAUAAGAUUGUGCUUUCAGAAAUGGCCUGCCUUCAAUAAAAAAAGAUGUCAUUUAUGCAACACAGUUGUGCAAGAACUGAGAUGCAAUGUGUUAUUUGAGGGUAUUAUUAUUAUAACGGAAUUAUGAUGAUGAUGAAAGCAUUUGUAUACUGCUUUUCAUUCACCGAAUACCAAAGCAGUUCACAACCAUCAAAAUUACAAUAAUAAAAUAUUUCAAUAAAACAUUCAAUAAACAUUUACACCAGCCACAAACUGAAGAACUGGUAUUAGUGGCUUAGGCAGAUUUGUUGGGUCAACUUAUUUUUAAAAAUAGCUUAAUCUUUUUCCAGAUACUGUCAUUGUCUUCCAAUUGUCUACACACCUUCAGAGGUAUGUAGAGGAGUCUGGAAAAAUAGACACACUCACAAGUGUGUUCAGGGAAUAACUGUAUCCUUCUCACAAGGUAUAUUAGGUAGAUGUGUGUGUUUUGUGAAAUGUGGUGUUAUGUGGAGCAUGACUUGAACAUAUGCUGCAAACUGACUCCUGUGGUGGAAGGUGUGAUCUGUGGACCCAGCUUUUCCUUUGCAUUGUUUGCAGCAAUGAAGAUCAUGGCAUGAUAUGGCACAGUUCUACUAUCUCCAAAAAGACAAAAGGCAUGGUCUUGACAUCAUUAUUUCAGCUCUGUGCUGUUCUUUCUGGUUUUAAGUCUUCCCUAAAUGCCAUGGAAUCAUAGAAUUGUAGAGUUGGAAGGGACCACAAGGAUCAUCUAGUCCAACCUCUUGCAGUGCAGGAAUCUUUCACUCGAAGUGGGCCUUGAACCCACAACCCUGAGAUUAAGAGUCUCAUUCUCUGACAUAUCCUGUUGAUAUGUGGCUCAGGCACAUAUUAUUCUGUGUAUCGAAACAGUGACUUUAACCCAUGUCUAGGACACUUAUAAGUGAACUUUUCAAUUGUAAUAUUACUCAGUUACAAGACAAAUUAAUUUUUUUUUGUAAUGGUGGUUUAGAUGCUAUGUAUUAUGUAAUUCUGAGGUAAAGGAAAAACCUCAAGAUUUUACUUUCUACACAUUUGCAUUGAUUAGUACGAUAAAUGAUUUCAGAAUUAUUAUUUAAACCAAAAUAGCCUCUCUGUCUCUAAGGCACAUCAAGAAAAAAAAUUUCUUUGUAUUUGCAUAAUAAUUGCUUUGAAACAAGUGAUCUACUAAGCAAUACUAUGUAGACAUAGUGUAAUGAAUGCAGUAGACACAGUCUCUUAGAUCAAUAUCAGAAAUACAAUGAAAGUUGAAUAUUUGAAGUCUCUAGAUUAUUUCAAAUCUCUAUAAUGAGUAAUGAGCUCAUUUAGAUAAGCAUUAAGCACAAAUUUAAUUAUAUUACUGGUAAUUAUUAGCAGGUUGUACAAUGUUAAGUCCCUUUCAUUUUCUUCAAAAGUUGUUAUCCAUAUUAAUAAUAAUAAAAUAUACAUUAUUUGACCUCAUGAACUGCACAAAAAUAAGAAACAUGGUUAGUUAGGGAUGACUCUGCCCAUAAGUCAUUUUAUUUAUUUGCACUUUCACACCAAGUGCACACAUCUCAUUUGUUCUAUACAGUGGUACCUCGGGUUAAGAACUUAAUUCAUUCUGGAGGUCUGUUCUUAACCUGAAACUGUUCUUAACAUGAGGUACCACUUUAGCUAAUGGGGCCUCCCACUGCCACCGCAGUGCAGCCAUGAGAUUUCUGUUCUCAUCCUGAGGUAAAGUUCUUAAACUGAGGUAUUAUUUCUGGGUUAGUAGAGUCCGUAACCUGAAACGUUUGUAACCCGAGGUACCACUGUAUACAAUGUUAAUCAACACACAGUUCUGCUGUGAAAUGAAAGGAUGUGAAAAUCAAAAGGAUACUUUUUGUGUAGCAUAAGAGUAACAAAACAUGUUAAAAUCAUUAUUUGUGGUUUUUCGAUUUAAAUAAAUACAAGGUGUUAUUGUUCAGUUGAUAAACAUUUGAGAAAGAGAAAGUUGAAUGAUCAUUUUGAAGUCAGAAAGUCAGUAAGAGAACACUUUUUGGAUUCAGUUCUAUGCAGUGCUCUCUUUUUUGCGUUUGCUUUUUUUUAUAAUAAAGAUACUAUGUAGUUGUUAUAGUAAGUACCACACAUUUAAUGUUUUUUGGGGGGCGGGAAGGUGCCGGUACUGUGUAGCCUUGAGUAGCACCAGAAAAAGCACUGGUUCCAUACCUAUUCAGUGCAGUAAACUACAUAGUAGUUAUUUUUGCAUAGAAAUAUUUAGGAGGGUCUUGUUAAGGGGCACUGAUGUCAACAAGUAAGUUAAGCACAUACUGAUUUAUCUUUUCCUGAGCCUAGUGGAUUUAAAAUUGCUUAAUAUUGGCUUGAUCAUGCCCAUUGUGAUGGCCUGGGAAUCCGAUUCAGAGGCUGAACCGGAGGAAUCCCAGCCUGCACAGGAGUGCCCGCCUCUAGGGCCGGCUGAACUGGGGCAGGGCCUUGAUUCUGAAGCGCCUGCACCUGUGCCGGAUCCUCAGGAGCAGGCACCAGGUGAAUCCACUCUGGCUCCGGAGGUGGUUGAGGACUCAGUGCCUACAGGUGAGUCUCCCCCUGGGUCCAGUAACCCUUCAGCCUCUCCUGAACUGCAGAGGCUCAGGGCAGAGAGGCGAAGGGAACUGGUUUCUCCCAGGAGGAGUGCUCGCCUUAAGACCAGGAGAGGCGGGUCUCCUGGGGGCCGGGACCGCCCCUGGCCUCAGAGAAGAUAAAGGCCAGUCAGCCCGGUCCCAGGUUGCGGGAGCAACGUCGUUGAUGAGCUGUUUCGGCCAGCAUCCAGUCCUGUUCCCCCAGUGUUCCUGUCCCCGCCCGGCUUCCUGCUUCGGACCUCACCCCGCUCCUUGUGAACUGUUUCCAGACCAGUGACCCAGGACCGGACUUUGACUACGCCAACGGUAACCUUCCCCCCGGGACCAGCACACCCAUGUUUUGACAUGGACCUGUGCUUCACACAAGCCUGCUGGAGGAAAAAACAAUAACAACUGUGGAAAGUAGCUUGUUCUUUUUCCUAAUAGUGUAUUUAGGCUUUGUUUUGUUUUAAGUGUCAUUUUUAAUAAAAUAUGAGUGUGUAGCAUUGGAAGGGGCACAUAUUUCUCAUGAAAUAAAAAAUUAUGGAACUACAUAGGAUUGUCCAAAGGAAUUACAUUGGCAGUGUAACAAUAUGGUAGAAUCUCUAGAUGCAGCUUGUGUGUGUUGUUGCUUCCUGGAGGGAAUCAGGAACUAAUUAAGAGCAACACCCAAUUUCCUGUUGCCUAAAAAGAGACAAGCUAUGGACAAAGAAAACUCUGGAGAAAUAUUUGCUUAAAUACAACUGACAGUUGGCUGACAAUCUGUCUGAUGCUGUAUUCAGUUCCAUGAGUGUGUGGAUGUUCCACAUCCAUGACAUGAGGACAAACUUGCUUAGACUCAUAAAGCAUCUCUGGUGUGCAAACUAGAUGUGACUUUAAACUCCUGUUUGAAUUAGGGGUGUGUGUGUGUGUGUGUGUGUGUGUGUGUGUGUGUGUGGAACUGGCCUCUUCUCUUAAAAAAAAAUCCAAACCAGACAAAAUCUAAUAGUUUUUGCCCUUUUUGACACUCAGAUCUAAGUGCCUGAGACAGAAGAUUUGCAAUGCCCAAUAGUAGGGCUGGACUUGUUACAGGAGCAUUCAACCCACCUGUACUGAUGCACAAUUUCUCCUGUUCUCAGCCAUCAAGUAUUUAGAACAUAAAAGCAAACAAAAUGUUGCAUAUUUUAAGUUAUAAUCAUGCUUGACUAGAAUGUGCUGCACAGGCUUUGAAUUAGAUUAAAAGUCUGUAUAGCUGUUGGGCUCAGCCUGCUAGCAAGGUCAUAUUCAGCUCCUACACGAGUUUCCUCUCUGACCCCAUGAGCACGAUAUCCUUCACGCAGUGGCAGGAGAGCUUCUAAUAAUGAUGCCUUGAAGUACAGCCAGCCAACUACAACUGAUAUCAUGCUCAUCAUAGUAAAAGAUAUGCUGGGCUGGCCAUAUAUUGAGGAUGGAUGAUCCCAGGGUGCCAACAACAUUUGGUACCUAGUGAGUUACAGGAGGGUACUGCUGAACACAAGAUGGAGAGGAAGCAAAUGCUUCAAGGACAUUUUGAGGCAACAUGAACACUCAUGUUUUUAUGGUAACAGCUGGAAACUGAUGGCAACAGAAAAGGAUUGCUAACAUGCUGCAGUUAGAGAUUGAAGAGCUCAGUUGGAGAAUAAAUCUGUCAUAUAUAUAGGCAAAGACAGUUUCAAACAGUGAAAGGCUUAUGAAGGAGGUUACUUUUUUUUACAGAGAACAUGCCGUAAGUAAUCUUCAUCUGCAUGCACCUUCAGCUGUUGCAUCACCUAAAAUGGCUAGAUAUCAACUCCAUAUCUAAGUUAGUAUGUUAGUAAUUACAUAUGAUUCUCUAUAAAAUCAAAGAAUUUUAGCUGUGUCACUAAAAUUUCAUAUACAUAGGCUACAUUCCUAUGUGCAAUUCCUUGAGAGUAAUUCCUACUGAACUCACUGGGAUUAUUUUUGAGUAGAUAUGCACAGACAUACAUUGUGUAUGUGUUUAGUUUCAAAACCUUACAGGACCUGAUGCUGCAGAGAUAUCCCUUGGCAGCCAGAAAUAUUUUAUUUGAUAAGAAAAGCAAACACAUUAUUUUGAUAAAGUCCCACUGAAUUAGGAUAUAAACGUGCCUGUUAAAUAUUACCUUCCAGCUUAUGAUAUAUACCCAACUUGUGAUUACUGAUGCACAGGCUGAGUUAUCAAUAUAAUAUAUAAUGCAGAGAGAGAGAGAUUUGCAAAUUAAUAUUUACUUGCCAUCAAUUUUACUCCUCAAGGAAAUUAUUGCUCUCUGCAUAGCACCACAAAAUAUGAGGAAAAGGGAAAACAGAUGGGAAAUAAAUGCUAACAGUAAGAAAAUGCACUGGCAAAUUUGGAUUUACGUAACUAGGAAAUUUAAAGUGACAAAUAUUUCACUUUUCAAAACUCAACUUUUGUAAGAUUAACAUAUGAGUUUGACCAGGAUUGUGAACAUUGACAAUUAGUGCUAUCAAAACACUUCAUCAGUCCUACUAAUAGGAAGAACCUACAGAAAAAUAAAAAAAAAGAUUAAUGCACUUCAACACCUCAUGCACAGAGAUGAUUUUACAGAACACUGCAAAGAUUCAUUUAUUUGCAGGAUAACACAAUCAUUUGGUGAUGCUUCCUGGAUGUCUGGAGUUGAAAAUAAUUUGUUUUGUUCAUAAGCCUGUUGCAUGAAACUAGAUAUCAUCACAGUUAUUUCAUGCAGGCACCCAAGGGAAAAGUUUACCUCUUUCCAUAUUCUUUUGCAGAAACACUGCAUAAUUUUUUUGUGUAGCAUGAGUGAGCUGAAAAGGCACAUUUUCAACCUCUAGAUCUGUAGUAUGUCAACCAACACAUACACUUCUUUUAGUAAUUAUAUUGACUGAAUUUCUUACAUUAUGCAAAGCUUCAUGGUUACUAACGAUAUGAGUAAUGCUUAUACCACAUUUUGAAGUGGAAUGAAACCAUAGGUUAGUACUGGCAUGGAUGAUUUGCUGUAGCAAUUACUGAUUUGAUUGUGUGACCUUAUACUUUUAAAGCUUUGUUUCUGUAAGCCUAUAAGCUUCAGAUCAUCAGCCAAAGUUGUCUGUGGAGCUUAGGUGAUUUAUAACAGCUGAAUAGCUGGUUCUUUUAUUCUGUACAGGGCAAACAUUGUUUGAUAGGAAAGCUACUCUACAAGUCAUUUUGCUCAUCGAAAUGAAUCUGCCUGAACUACUGAAAUAGUCACACAGUGCACACUUCUGGUCCUUGAUAACUUGCACAUAAUCACGUCCUCAGGGUGGACUAUGACCUCUGCAGUCAGCAUGCUUUGCCAAAAUUCAAAGCAAACGGGUAGAAAAACAAUUUGCUUCAAUAUCUGUAGAAGCAGCCGGUUUGAGUGGCAACUUGGUCUUUCAGUGAGUUUUUGUGACCCCUGGAUGAGUGGAAAGUUGUGCAUGAAUAAGCAGGCAAGUCCCAGCAAGGCAGAUGUUGCACUCAGUGACCUUCACUUGCUGGAGCUGAUAAUAAGUUUGGCUGUCAUUCACUGCCCUUUUGAGGGUUUCACACAGAGGAUCAAUGCCAAGGAGGCACAUUUGAUCCUAUAGGCCCUGCCAGAAAUUAGGUUUGGAUUUAGAUUUUCUGGCACUAAUCCGACCCUAGUUUGACAACAAAGGAUCUGUUGUAAUAACAUGUGCAGAAGGCAUGUCUCUCAUAUGCUUGUUUCCUCAAAGGGACAAGAUGGUCUUGUCCUUGACUACCUUUCAUUCACUACAUAAAUGUGAAGGUAAACAGGUAUAUUAUAUGUUAUAUAAUACAUAAAAUGAUUAAUGUUUGUGACCUUUUUUAUUUAAAAAGUCAGUAAAUACACAGAGAUGUCACUAAAAUCCUGUUUUUCAGUGGCUACUCUUAGCUUCCCAGCUCAUUGUCAGCAAUGCUCCUGGGGUAGUGAUAACUCUGCCACACAACCUAAGUAUGUCAGUUAUCCUUAUAUGCAGUUCAUAGUCUUUGAGAGAGAAUGACAUCCUAGCCAACUGUUUCUGUAUGUUUUUCUAAAGCUUCAUCCCUUCAUUAAUGUUUUAAAAUCAGGGGCAGUCAACAAUUCCCAUUAUUCCUAACCCUUGGCCAUGUUAGCCAAGGAUGAUGGGACUUAUAGUCCAAAACAUCUGGAGGGCAUUAUAUUGUCUACUCAUGUUUUGAACGCUGCAUAGUCCUUUUUCUCAAGAAUACACUAUAAAGCAGCCUUUGCUUCUGACAUCUUUAAUCACUCACACCUACCUGCCGGAACCACUUAGCCUCUUGUCCUUUCUCCCUGCUGCAUUCACAUAGCCUGGUAAAUAAUAAUAUUCCAUCAGCUAAGCAGUUUUAUCCGCCUUAUUUACAUAAAAUUUAGCAUUAACUUAAGAAUGCACUCACUACCCGUCAUAUUCCUGGAGGAAUUUCGAAAGUCUUGAAAUUCCACAGAAGUUUUGGCCAACAAAAAUCCCCUAGAUUUGCCUUUGAAUAUCACUUUGGGUGAAAUUCAGUGAAAAAUCUCAUUGUUUUUGGAAAAGUCUUCUUUACCAUCCCUAGUCAUAAGUAAUGCACAUAGGUAUGUGUCUCUGUAUGCCAAAGUCUGUUGAGAAGGUGUUUGAAUUCAGCUACAGCUGAGAGGUACCUCUAGUUUUUAAAGGAAAAGCAAUAAACUGGCAGCCAGACAAUAAACAGAUCUUUUGUGAGUUCAAAAAGGAGUGAAUAGUAUCUGGAGGCUGAUGCAAGCAAGGUCUGCAUUCCGGCACUGUUCAUUGAUUGAGCUCUCAGAUGUCUGCUCUGAAGUUCACUAGGGCUUGCAUAAGACAUGGAUCUGCCUUGCAGCCAUUUCAAAGUUCAGUUAAAGGAGGGGAAAAAACUAUGUUGUGGUUUUAAGUCAGCAGGGGAAAACCGAUAUAUGGAAGGCAAAGAAUGAAAAACUAGUGGUGGAUGAUAACAAAAGAAAACCCUCCAUUACCUACAUGCAUCCUACAACAACUGCAGGACAAGUGGUUCAUGUGGUAUGGAGAAAGUAGUGCUUUGUAGGGCUUCAUUGAGAAAUGUAGGGACAGGGAAGGCCAGGGCUUUAUAUCUCAAAAACAAAACAAAAAACAAAAAUCCUCCUUACCCCUUCUCCUCCCACAUGGCCAGCAUCAUAACUAUAGUGGCCUUCCUCACCACUCUAGAUGCCCAUUUAUCACAACACACAGGCUAUAGACAAGAUAUUUGGUUCAGGGAUCUACAACCACCAAGUCCUAGCAGAAUGAAGUAAUUUCAGUUGCCAUGCAUUCUAAUUCCAUUUGUGAUAGGGAGAGGCUGUCAACAGCUAGUCACUGUGAGCAGUAAUCCUUGAUAGCUAGACUAGUGCUUCUGUGUAGCCUGAUGUAGUCACUCUGGGAUGAUUCAGGCAUUGAGUAGGCACAGCAGUACAAGCCUCUGGGGACUCUACUACUUCAGGCAUGUACUAGGGAGAAUCAUCUGUUCGAAAGUGUCUUUGCAUUAACAAUUCCUUCUGCAUACAAAAGUGACCAGUCAUGUGAAAGGCAUGCCAAAUAAGCUUUCUUCCUGACAUGCCAGCUUUGUAAGCGCAAAGAGAGAUUUUGACAUAGAAGUACUUCCCAACAUCUAAGCCCCAACUUUUAUGAAUUUCUUUUAUGAAUUUCUUGAACAUUUGAAUUACCUUGAAUUAUAGCCACUUCUCAUAGUAAUUUUGUCCUUAGGUGCGUGAGUAUAAACUGACAUACACUGCAUCAAAAGUUAAGUACUGUAUGUACGUAUGUGUUUACAUACAUACUGUAAACUGGAAUUGUAAAUAGGAAUGCUGUAUUCACUGCUAUUUUUCUAGAAAAAAGGUGCCAGAACUCACCACAAAUGCCUCCAUUCUCCUAUAAUGGCAAUGGCACCCACCUGAGAAGUUCCCAAAUUGAGUUCCUGUGAGUUCUGGCUGGAAAGAAGCCCUGGCUAUAAUGAAAUGGUUUUUAACAUGUUUUAAAGAUCUUUUUAUUGUUUCAUUGCUUGUUGCUGUCCUGGGCUCCUUUGGGAGGAAGAGAUAGAUAUAAAUGUAAUAGAUAAAUGAACAAUAAAAUACAUAGGGGCAGACUUUUUCUUCCUGUGGAGAAAACCAUCAAGUCCAGUAAUUUCCUGGGGAAUUUACUGUAUGCAUUCAAAGUACAUGGCAGCAAAGGUUCUGGGCAGCUGGAUUAACAUUGUUCUAAAAGACCAAAACACAGCUUGCAGGAAUAGAGAAGGCAACGAUGCAGCUCUUAGAUUUUGAAGUGGACUCAGGAUUCAAUCUAAUAAGGUGAUUGAGGAUAUGACUUGGUUAGAAUGUUCCACGUUCUUUCCUUUAAUCAGAUGAGUCCAGUCCUGUGUGAAAUACUAUUGCUUGGAUAGGGAAGCCCUCACCCAACAUUCUUGAGGGAGCAUGCAUGGUGAGCCUGUCCCUAGAAGCCACUGGAUGAAGAACCUUUUAAGAGGUAAAUCGACUUAUUCCUUUGGAGGAUCCUGAGAGAUGGGAACAGGCAUCCAAGUUGAAUCGUUCAUUGGAGGGGGAACAUCUCCGCAUACUUCCCUUCAGUAGUGUUUUGCUAAUAUAUUUUGUAUACCAUAAUUUUACAAGCACGGAUGCAAUGGUGAUAGGUUGACCUUCCCUUCACCACUGAAAGAACUGGUUUUCUAGAGGGUAUGCAUCCUGAGGUCCCAAUUCCUGCUUCCCAGCAAACAUUUUGGCACCACAGAGCCUCCUUAAGUAUUGUAAAAAUUGUCAACCUCCCUGCAUUUUUGUUUUUGUUUGCCAAAAAUACAAAUGUGAAAACAUCAGUGAAUAAGGAAUAAAACUAUUUGAAAUAAGAGCUAGCACUAAUGAUGAUGAUGAUUCAGCUGGAAAUGUAUUUUUCUUCACUGGUUUCCAAGCAAAAUGUUCUUAAAAAUGAGGAAAUGAAUGAUAUCCUUAUUUUCUCUCUCCAUCCCAGAUGUUUUGAAUAAAAUGGGGAUGAACAGUUCUGGCAAGUACAGAAAAUGGUUGCAUGGACUAUUGUGUUAUUAAUUCCAUAUCCCACAAGAGACUAUCAGACAGUGUUUAAUUACUACUUUCCUGGACUCAGAAGGCAUGAGAUUAAGAUAAAGCAAACAGAUUACUUUUCAGAGCAAGGUCCUAAAGCAAACAUUUUACAUGUUAAACUACAGUGGGAAAAGGUUCGUGACUAUGAUAUUUAAUUUAGUUGAAAAGGAAACACUUUUUUUAUACAGUGGAUAAAAGUUUGUCAAACAUUGUGAAUAAAUUGAAUUGAUGGUGCCUGCAGAAUUUGGUAGCACCAAUACUAAAAUAAAAUGAAGUUAUAAAAAUGCAAGCAUGAGUAAAGACUGGAGUAUAUUAAUACAUGAUAGUAUUAAGUAAUCAAUCAUUUAUGGCAGAAAUACAUCUGACAUGUUAAAAAACUUAUGUCAUUUCCCAACAUUUCCUAACUUUGUAGGGCUGUGGGAAGGGCUAUCUAGCUAGAAUAAAAACAAUGAGGUUGUGUGAACUGGUGGCAUCUGCUCUCACAUGGCAGGGCAGUCCAUGUGCACACUACACCCCCCAACCCCAAAGGAAGCCUGAAAGCAUCAGUUUGUUCAUAUAUGAGGCAUGAAUACCCUCAAGCGUUUUGGCUAAGUAAGGUCAUAACUUGAAUAAUCAUUGUUAGGUAUCUUGGGGUCAUGAGCCUCUCCCCUCCCUCCACUUCAGUCAUGUUAAUCACGGUGAAUAUCUUAGGUGUAAAAGGAGUCCAUGCAAUAGCAACGUACCAUAUCCUGAUAUAACCAGCUGCAGUGUCCCUUCCUUUGUCACCGUGAUAAAGGAUGUGUCAAGCAUCACAAGCAUCUCCCCUUUCCUCACAUACGAUGCUGCAAUUAGGAUCCCACUGUAUUAUAUUCAGAGUUCAGCAACUGUUAAAUGUGCUAUGCCAGCAUCACACUAACUACUAUAUCAGUCAUGUUAGAUGACCCCCUUGAAAAUUGCUGCCAAAAGUUUAUGUGUCAGAAAUCACUUUCCAAAAUGCUUAUGAAGUGAAGAAUUUUUCACAGCCCUGUAGACAUGGAGAACUGUCACUCAAUGCAACCAAGCGGAGCAGUUUAUAUUCGAAGACAUGCAAUUCAAAAGCCUUGCUUGGACAAUUGCUACCUGUCAUCUGUCAGCCAUUGCGUACCAUGUUUAGGCAGAUGUUAACCCUAAUACAGUCAAAUAACCCCUGGAAAUCACUACAAGAGAUCCAAUGAGUGCCUCUGCUUUAUUUUCAAUAUGGAUGAUCCAUAAAGGUUGUAGUCCAACGUAAUUGCUCUCAAAUGCCAUCUAUUGUGAAAUUAAAACUUCCUAUAAAAUCUAGACCUCCAUUUGUUCUGUAUUUUAUAUGGGAUUCAUUUUUACUUGAACAUUUAUCCUGUUCCCAGAACACAUCAUUAAGUGAGAUGGCUGUAUGAAUCCCACCCCGUGCCUCUAAAUAUCCUGGUAGGUGCAUGUAUACUGGAAAACGUGUGUGCGUGUGAUGUAUAAUGAAAUUCCACACAGUAAUUCAUAAAUGGAAUAGGUUUUUUCAGACAGAAUUUUGUAGCACAUGAAGGAACCUUGUGUGUUAGAAUACAGAUAAUGUGCAUGUUCCCAUAUUAAAUCAGGUCCCAUGCAAUGCACCCUGAUGUUCUUGAAGAUACAUAUUUUUAGAAUACUAUAUCUAUUCCAGAUAUAGCUGUAGAUCCUUAUUACCAUUUAUGUGGAUGCGGUGGCUGAAAACUAUGUCACUCAAAUUGUUCACUAAUCAUCCAAACAACACAGACUUAUGAAUCUUGAAAGCUGAUUGGUCUUAUUCACUGACUUGUGAGUUCAGUCAAUUAUGAGAUGAAUUACUUCACAUGAGUAAAGUAAAACAUGUAGGGAUUUUAUAUCAUUAAAUCCAGCAGAGUAAGUUAGAGAUAAAUUAGGUAAAUCAGCUGGUUAGUUCACAUUCACAAUCCGCUUUUGAAGAACAAUUUUUCCUUUGAGUGAAGAAGAUUACAGGACAAGCUACCAGCAGGACUUUCACUUCGAAUGGGAUUGCCCUUCAAGCAUACAAGCUACUUAACUCCUGAAAAUGCAGGUUCAGCUUCAUGCAAAAUUAAAUAUCAAUAGGGCAAUAGCACCAAAGAAGUUGGCUUUGUGGGCAGGUAAGCAAAUGGAAAAAGGUUCAGGUCAGGUAAACUUUCUAAAAUGGUUAUUUAUAUAGCACGGUAAAAGUAUCUGACAUUUCAGGAAACCUCUGUUCAAGGAAGAUCGCUUCCCUAAACAGUUGGAAAACAAAUACAGAUGUCAUGAAUUGGCUGUUAUCUUGGAUAACAUUUUCUAUGAGAUAAGCAAACACCACUGUUUGAAAGCUUCACCAUUAUGUUAAGGAAGCAAUAACAUCAGCACAGCAACCCCAAACUCAAUGGCAUAGAGCUUAUUAAUGCAGCCAGUAUAACUUACUUAUUUAGGUUUAUUUUUAUUGAAAACAUUUAUUUAAAACUUUUGAAGACAGGGGGUGAUUAUUUGAUUUCCAUGAUCUCCUUGAAAAUGCUUGACAGCGCCACCAGCAACCAUAGCACAGCAUGUGAAUUUAUUCCCUAGCCAAUGCCUACUAAGAUUUACAAGACUUAAGUUUAAUCAUGAAACCAUCAAGACAAUCCUACAAAUUAAAGGAUUAUCUGAGCUACUGCUGUAACUAUGACUCUGGGUACUUGCUAUGUUGUCCCCAUAUUUUUAAAACCAAGUUUUAGUAAACUGUGACUAUGAUGUUCCUAGUAUUUUACAAUAUUCUUAGCUGUGGGGGAAUGUGCACUUUUUAUUCAUAAUGUUAGAAUCCUUUUGUGUCAUUUAAAAUGAUGCAGCUGUUAUUAUAGGAAAUAUUAUAAUAUAGGAUAUACUGCAAUGAAGCUUUUUGGUAUAUAAAAAGUACAGUAUUAUACUAAGGUUCUUGGUAGUACUAGGGUUCUCAAAUGUUCAGACUCUUGUAGAAACCAACAAGAUUCUAAUAGGAAUUCUAAUAGUGAAAUUAUAUAUUGAUGCUACAAAGGAUAGUGGAGAAUGUUGAGAGAUUUUCCCCUCCUGUUUAAAACUUAAAAAUUGAAAUCUGACUUAAAUGUAUUUAAAGCUUUUUUUUAUAUAGAUUUUUCUUUUUCUUUUUUACUGCAGCAGCAGGUAAUGAGUUUUAUCCUACUCUGAUUUUAAAUAUAGUACCAAAAUGUUUCUAAAUGUAGUUUAUAAAAACACCUCCAUGUCCUAAACAUUCAGAGAGCAUCAACUGGUCUCUUAUCAAAUAAAUGUGUUAUCAGUGUCCUCAGUGUGCAAAGGUAUCUUUCACUCUGUAUUUAAAUUCACUCUGUAUUUUUAAUCUAUAAUGCAAUUAUGAAAGUGUUAUGUACUGAAGUUCUCACCCUGGGCCAGCAGGGGGAUACUGUAGAUAGUUUUCACUCAGGUCCACAUAUGCAAAUAAGGGAUUUAAAGUGACGUUCAGUGAUUGGAUAGUUACAGAAAGUGGUUACUGUUGCGUUGUAGUGGAGCUCUAUAUAAGCAGGCUGGCUGAACCCUUCAGUUCAGUUCUGUUCUGGCCUGUGAAUAAACAAGAGCUGUUUGAAGAAUCACUGUGUUGUCUGAUAUGUUCACCCACAACUUAACAGAAAGUGUGCAAACAAGAAGAAAUUUCUGCACUAUAGACUGAUCCUUUUUAAAAGUGAAAGUUAAAUUUAUUAAAACCAUACAUUAAUGGCCUGAAGGCAUUUAAUUAUUGGAGAAGCAAUAAAACCUCUAUGGAGACAUUUCUUUACAUUAUUACUGCCACAUCUCAUUUUAGCAGAUAAGCUAUUUUGUGCAGUUUUUUUUGCCUCCCCCCUUUUUUUUGAAUGACAAGAACUUUUGCCUAAAAAAAAAGACAAUGCAAUUGGAGUAGCGGAGAGAGUGAGACAGACUGGGAAGUUAUUUUCUUCAUAAAAACCCAUUGAAUUGUUUAUUCUGAAGGGUAGCAUUUUUAGGGGAGGGGACUCAGCUCACUGCUAGUGCAGAUUCUAUGCAUGCAGAAGGUUCCAGGUUCUGUCUCUGGGUUCUUCUAGUUAGGGCUAUAAAGGCCCUAGAGAGUUAGUGUGAACCAUUACAAACAAUACAGAACUAGUUAAGCUAGGGCUACCAGACGUCCCCGGUUCCCGGGGACAGUCCCAAGAUUUGCAAAUCUGUCCCCAGGAAACGUGGCAGCGGCAGCCUCAGCAGCCCGGAGCGCAAUUGACUCUGGCUGGCUUCAGGAGCUGCUCGCUGCUUGCUGCCACCGCCACUGCCAAAGGGGAACUGAGGACGUCCGGUGUUACAGAUCUUCUGCCCCCUUUGUUUUGACAGAUUGGGGAGGCUCGGGAGGCUCAGGCGGGCGGCCGUUGCUCAGUUUUUUUAGAAAACUCUACGCAUUUAUGUUUCACAGGGUGCGAAAGAAGGGCUUUGCACCUUGCCUGGCAGAGAAACCGCAUUCCUUGUGUCCCUCCUGGGCAACAGCCACCCGCCCAUGACUCCCGAGCCUCCCCCAAUCUGUCAAAACAAAGGGGGCAGGAGAUUGGGGAAGGCUCAGGAGUCAUGGGCGGGCGGCACGCUGUUGCCCCGUUUUUAAAAAACUGUGUAUUUAUGUUUCACACAGUGCUAAAGAAGGGCUUUGCACCUUUAGACAAUAUGCAUGUGUGCUUGGGCCCAGGGCCUUUUGCCUCACCAUCUACACUACUGACUCCCUGUUGCUAUUCAGCUUCCAAAAAAAAAAAAAAAGUAUCCCCGGAUUAAUUGAAAAAAAUCUGGUAACCAUAAGUUAAGCUAAUUGUUUCAGUAACUGGUAUAAGGUAGUUUGUUCUGUGGCUAUAUUUUAAAGGCAGCUUGGUACUUGAAAUAGCAUAUUUGGAACAUUCAGUAUGUAAUUAAGGCAAUGAAGGAAAAAAGAAAGAAGAAAUCCUCCAUAGUGCUGAGGGAGCAGGAAUUUUAUAAACUGCCCUGCUAGCUGAACUGUUGCUUGUGACGUUUCUUAAUGCUAUAUUUCAAAUGCUAUUAGAAGCUUCUCUUCCUUCGACUGAAUGAUCCCUGAGCCCCCUGAAAAUGGAAACUAAGCAUGCUUGAAUUGUUUUUGGUCUAUUACAGCAGACAUGGCACAAAUGAAACUGACUUCCAAAGUAUGAUUUGUGCAGCGCUAUAUAACAUGCACGCAUAGGAAAUUUAUAGCAUGCCACAAACUGCUUAACACUCAGCGCUCAAACGACUCUCUUUCCACCGCAUGCUCUAAUAACUGGAGAUUUAAUACAGAACCUAAUAUUUGGACAGUUAUUAACAUUGUUUUCCUUCUGUUUUACUGCCUUCUUGUAAACAGCAGCUUAUUUAAAUAUAGUAGUAGAUCCACGGAUAUACAAUAUUCGAUUGCUGUCCCCAAGACAGGCGCUGGAGAUCAAAAAGAAAAUAUAUCUGAACUACAACAAUGAAGCACUCACUUUUAUAUAAAAUAAAAAGGAGUGGAAGGGAGAGAUCUAAACAGGCUAUUGAUCUUAUAUAUUUUUUCUAUGUCAUUUGGAAAAGCAUUCUCAUAUUAAUAAAUAAAAGUCAGAAAUGCAUGGAAGAUAUGAGAUCUUUUUCACAGUGACACCUUAAGGCAUUGAGUGACUGAAUCUGCCGAACAAGCUGGUGAACUGUCACAGUUUGGUGGAGCUGAGGCAGCAGUUAGAGCAUCCCAUUCUAAGCACUUGUUUUAUGACUGUAUUCAGGUAGUCAGUUUCUUUUAUGUGGUUUUUGUAUAGCACCACAUUUUCGAGGAAAAAUUGCUUCUCUCUUGCCUUUUUGAAGGAUUAUUUUAUCUUAGGGCUCAGCAAGAUGGCACCCACAGAUACCAGUAUGCCCAUCACUACCUCCUAUGCAAAUAUUCCUGCUUUUACUGGCUCUCUAGUUUGGACCCCCACCCCAUUAAACAUGCCCACAUUUCAUGAGUUGCUAGGAUUCUGAAGAGAGGAGCUUUUCUCUGUGAGUGAGUGCAGUUGUGGCCAAUUUAGCUGUCACAUUCACACCGUUGUUGUGGCUCUCUCUCUUUUUCUGCUCUUUCAGGUAUAGCAUCCAUUUUAUGUUAUGCCAUAUGGGUAUGGCAGCCAUUUUGUGACUGGCAUCCACACAACUUCCUAAAAAUCCAAAUGUGCCCAGUGGUCCAAAAAUGUUGAGAAAUAAUCAAAAAUGUAGGGGAAACACUUUAAGACUUCAUAUUCAAGGAAACAUUGAAUGGGUCAUUGUGUCUGUUUGUUAACCAGAAGGUUGGUAGUUUGAGCCCAUUCAGGGAUGGCUGUGGGCAGGAUUAGAUGUGGACUAGAUGACUCUUGAGGUACCUUACAACUCUUCAAUACUAUGAUUCUAUGAAUCUCAGAUCUACACCAAUGAGUUUGAUAAGAGCAGGCAGAAGGGGAUGACAGACAUGAACCUGAUGAUUCCAAAACUUGAGGGAAAGGAUAAACUGAGCUAUGCCAUUAUCCCCCCUCCCCGAGAGUUUGACUACUUCUAUCUUACCUCCAUCAGAGGGCAGAACUGCCUCAGACGGUCUCCUGAAGAGUCAGGCGCGAUUGAUUAUUAGGACCCCUGCAGCUGAGACAGUGAUGUCCUUAUGAGCUUUGGCUUUCUUUCACUUGCUCUGUUGAAUGGACAGUUGAUUAUGUAGGAGGCAAGUGCGCAGUACAUCUCAAUAUAAUUUGUGUGCAAUUAUUUCUUGGGCAGAAAAGAGAGGACAACAACAAGGGAACAGAUAUGCUUAAAUCGCACUCAGUCUCCCUUUCAGCUAUGCUGACAGGAUAUUUUGUUCCUUUCAGUCUCUGAAUCCCUACUGUUGUAUGUGACCAACAACCAUAUUAUUUUUCAUGAAGUUUUUCUCUGCUCCAGUGACACCGAGUCUGGCUGCAACAGCUGUAGCAUAGGGAAUGAUUGUCACAGCAUAGCCUGUUAACGAUGAGUGUUUGUUCCAGGUCAUGUGAAGCAGAGAUUUGGAUUCUUGCCAGUGGCUGUGGAAAGGCAGCAUUUAUUGGUUGGAUAAAUGUUUAGGACAUAGGGGUGUCACAGGGUGUGUCACAGCAGGCUGCCCUAUGCAAGAAACAAAUUGUACUUGCCUCCCCAAGGUAGCUGGAAGAAACCAAAGACAGCUCAGCUACUGGGCUUACUCUUAUUCUUUGUCUGUGAGCAGGCAUCUUUUAAUGGCUCAGAGACAGUAAACAACAGGGAAGUUAAAAAUCACAGGGUGGGGGGCAUAGGUGGCUUCCCUCUGGUGCUAGAAAUAUAAAUUAGGAUAACAUAAAUGGUAUGCUUUAUCUGUGUGCACAGAACAGGUAUCUUUAAGGGGGAAAUCCAGUUAGGAAUAUUCCAUUAGCCUAUAUUUUUAAUUGAACCAACCUAAUUUGUACUUCCAGAACUGUUAUGCAGAUUAGAAAGAGUCAUCAUUUGCUUUUUGCACUUUUCUGAAUGUUGUCAUGCAUUUCUUGGUUUAAAAAUGUAAAAAAAAAAAAAGAGUUUAAAGCACAUAGAAAGCACAUUAAAGUACAUAUAAAAUAUUUAUUUUAUUUAUUUUAUGAAUAUUGUGAGUAAAAACACACAAAUGUGUAUUUAUCUCAUUUAAGAGAAAUAUUCUCUUUCUCUAAGUAAUCCAACAGAACUACAAAUGGGUUCAAGGGGAUUAUAUACUCUGUGUCACAGAUAAUCCUGGGGACCCAUAUUCCUCAGAGUUUAGGGCUGCUGCUACUCCUUGCUUUCUUUUCUGUUUUCCUGUCAGAUUAGAGAAGCCCUGCUCAUCAUAGGAAGUAGUGUAGCAGUGAGAGGAUAAGUAACCCAGCCAACCACUCCCUGCCAGUUUCUUUAUCCUAUGGCAAGAGGCAACCCCUCUUUUCUUCAAAUCUCUUAUUUCCAUGAAGAGAAGAGCUUUUGCAACACCUUACCAGUCCCACCAUUACCCACUUGCUGUCCAUUCAGGCUGAUUACUGAUCAGCCUACUCAUGAUUAAGCAGUUUGUUCCCCACAUGUUAUAAUGGACUUUAUGUGGCCAAGCAACCCUGCCCUGAAUCAGAUGAUCUUAGGGCAGUCAUCCCCAGCUUUCUACCUUCCAGAUGUUUUGACUACAACUUCAAAAAUUCCAAGCCAGCAUGGCCAAUGGGAGAGAAGGUCCAAAAUAUCUGGAGGGCACCAUGUUAGAUAAUACAGCCUUUGGGCAAUACCACUAAGUAGGUAGAUAUGUUCCCUUGUUGCCACAUCUCUUCCAACAUUUAUGAGGACAUUUUUGGUCAAUAUAAUGCAUAUUUACCUCAGUUUGAUAGGCAUCUUGUCCCCUGAUAGAAAAAAGAGAGGGUUUAAUAACCUCAUUAUCUUCUGAUUCUCUGCUUCCUCCAUUUCUUUGUCCCGUUUCAUUACAAAUGAAGUUUUCUUAUUCCAGGAACAUGAAUUGAGAGGUUUGUGCAGAAAUGAGACAGCACCUUUGGAGUUUGCUUAACUGAACAGGCAAAAGCUAGGAACAGAAACUUUAUUAUCUGUAGGAAUUGUAUUUAUCCAUUAAGCUGUUUUUAUGUGUUGAAAGGAGUGUCUAUGAUGAGUCAGUGGCUACUUAUCAUGAUGCAUAUAUAUUACUUGAGGUAUCAAGGCAGCAUGAUUCUGAGUACAAGUCACUGGGGAACCACAGCAGGAGAGGGACAUUGUGCCCAACCCUGCUUGCAAGUUUCCCACUUCCAUCUGAUUGGUCACUCUGAGAAACAAGAUGCUGAACUAGAUAGGCUUUUUGUCAGAUUCAGCAGGGCUCCUUUUAUAGGAGAUUCUGGAACAGGCUUAUCUAGAGAAUUUCUUUAUGUAAAAUGGGCAUGCAAAAGCUGAAAAGCCUGGAAAGUUCAGGAAUUAAUGCACGUAUGAUAGCAAUGUCUUAAUAAUUCAUCUGGAAGCCCAAAGGCUGCUGCUAAAACUUCUGAAGAGGUUCCUGGCUAACAAUCUUUUCCUUUAGGAAGUCAGAAACAAGACAAACAAUUAUAAAUCAAAUGUUUUCUGCAUGGUAGAUUGAGGAAACUCUUUGAUCUUUUGAUCUUGGAACUGCAUUAAUUCAUAACCCGAAUGCUUUUACUUCCUGGCCUGAAUCCCAGAUUCCAGAUGCCAUUCAGAGGAUAUGUUUUCAUGAUCUAUUGUUUGAUAGUCUACAUCCAUUUUUUAAAUCUGUAUUUGCUAUUAUCAGGAUUACAAGGUUUUCCUUGUGGGACUAGAGACCAUUUAUUAGGCAAAACUAAUUAAAAUAACCUUUCCUAAGAAACUAUUUCUCAUGCAGAAAUGUCAGGUGCUUUCUUUAAAAACAACAUAGAAGUAUUUAUUUGUCUGCUUGUCUGGCUUGCUCAACAUGCAGGAUUUGCCCCUGUCCCUGGACACAAUGUCACUACACUAUAUCACAGAACGGAUCAUGAAUACUUGAUAAAUCCACAGCAGCAGCAAUGA